AUGUUCUUUUCCUCGUCUGUAAACAAGAAAUUUCAAUUCAGUCGUCAACUGGAAGGUUUUUGGUAUGGCAAAUUUUGUUUAACUGAGCGUCAUCAAUAAAACAAUGUCACAAUUAACAUUUUUACGCGUUUUAAGUUCGAAUCCAUGAUUAAAAUAUUCGUUUUAAAACACAAACAACAAUUGUAACUGCCUAUUUAUUUUGCAGUCAUGGAACGUAUACAAUUUUCAAAUUUAUCGAAAAAUGUUCAACUUUUUCCACUCAGAAUCCCCUUUCUCCCCUUACUUUUCAUCGAUGAGUGUUAAUAUUUAUCUGCUUAUAUUAUGUUUACAGGACGCUGGCCAGUGCGUUCGGCGCCCAAGUGAUCUGCAACAGGAUAGUUGGUCUGACGGCCGGUCAACGGAGGAUUUGCGCCGCUGCGCCUGACGCGAUGGCCGCCGUCGGCCACGGUAUACGCAUGGCGAAACAAGAAUGCCAACAGCAGUUCAGCACCCAUCGGUGGAACUGUACGGGCCCGUCCAAAGGCAAUCCGUUCGGACAUUUACAAAUCACCGGUGAGCUAAAAACGUAUAUAUAUAUAUAUGUAAUAGAUAAUAUUAUAAUUAAUACAAUAUAGGUACCAACUAUAUGCGUAUACCGCGUAUAGGUGACGACGUGGUUAAGAUGAUGGGGGGACUCGAUCGCCCUAUUUAUGACCACAAUUAUAUAAAUUUAGAUAAAUAUUUAUACAGCGUCUUUUCAAGUAAUGACGUUUUCUUCGAAACAUGCGCUAAAAUAAUAAUUUAUUUUUGAAAUGUUAUUAUAUUUUUGAUUCAUUCAUAAAAGUUAUUUUAUUAAUGUUGUUCAGUUUAACAAAAUAAAAAAAAAAUAUUCACAGUAGUCUUCGUAAUACAUUUUUGGAUUUUCAAUCGAAUAAUCUUUUUUGUUGUUAGAUUGCGAGCGUAGCGGGGGAGCUUUUGGAUUUAAUAUAAUGUUUAUUUUUUUUCUUUGUUCUAGUCUGUGGACACAUUUUUUCCUAGUAAACUUGCUCCGACUUUCAUGUGUUGCAACUUUUUAAUUCUGUUCAUAGAAGUAAUUUUAUACGGAGUUCCGAUAAUACAAAGAAAUCCCGAAAUCCCGUCAGAAAAUUGUGACAAAUUGUUCAUUAAAUAAUUUUGUAGUUAAAAAUGUAUACAAAUCAAUUAAUAUCAAUGAUUGAAAUUUAGUUUGUAAUGAUAUCCCUAUGAAACAAGCUUUAUAACAUCCCCCCAAGAUAAGUGUAUUAGACCAUCGAGGCCUGAGUACUAUAUUGCUGUACCAGUGCAAUUAAAAGCUGAUAAGGGUCAUUACUAUAUUGUUCAGGACGGACAUCGAAAAAUAUAUUAGCAUUUUAUUUUAAACGUUUUUAAAAUUGUAACGGAAUAUUUAUUAUUGUCUAUAUUACGUGUCUUGACGUAUUAAUGAUCACAAUAAUUAUUUGUGGCCGGCUUCUUACAAUGUCACAAUUUUAUAUCCACCAAUUAACCAGUUAAUCCUUUUCGGUGUAUAACUUCUAGAAUAAUAGAGAAUAACCUAUGUAAUACUUUGACACAAUAAAGCGUAAACCUUAUUUUUCAGGUAUACUUAACCCUAAAAUCGACUUUUUGAUACUAAUCAGUUUUUGGCACAAUAACAUAAAAUUAUCGGAAGUACGAUAGACAGCAAAUGCACGUAGUUAUAAUGGCUGAACGAAAUCGAAAUUAAUUUUACUCAACAUUUUCAUAGAUAAUUGAUACUGGAUUAUCGUGGGAAAAAUCACUUUGCGUGUGUCCUACUUUAUCAACUUCUUACUUACAACACAGCUGCCGACCCAUAUUCAUGACAAACGCCCCGUUCGCUUGUAUAUAUACCAGUAUUAUAAUUAUUAAUUUAUCGUCUUAUCCGAAUCGCGAACAACCGUCGUUGCCAACGGUCUCGAACCGAUUCAUUGCUAUUUUCACAACUAUAUUACAGUCUUGGGUAGGUUUUUUCUAUUAAUUUCCCCUCUUUCUCACCCGCGUCGUAAUAUGUAAUUCCGUAUAGGAAUAUAAUGCCAUAUUAUCCGGUUAUCUGAUACGUUAUGUUACAUUAUUAUUAUUAUUAUUAUAAUAGUAUGCCAAUUUAAAUAACGUAUAGUAUAAUAAUAUAAUAUUUUGUAUUACCACUAUUACCCGUCGUGCAGCGGAAUAUGGAGUGCAGCGCGCGUGCACUGUGAAGUACGCAGUAGCUAUAUAAAUAAGAGGUCGGCGUUUGGCUUAAAGAGAUUACCGGGAUCGGUAUUACGUCUUUGAAAUGUAAAUAUUUCGACUUACCGCUACGAACUUGUACAAUGUAUGACUCAUUGUACGAAGGAUGUAGGCAUAUUAUGUAUAUGUGUAUAAGCGUAUAAUAUCCAACAUACGUAGCGUCAGGAUGAAUUCUGUACGGGUUAUGUUUAUAGAAUAGAAAUUCCGGACCGUCGUUGGUACACAAAAAAGUUUUAGAAUUUUAAACAUAAUUUAGUCUAAGAAUAUGCACAUUAAGCGUGAAACGUCAAGUCGAUUUGGAUUUGAAUCAUGAUUUUUAUUUCCUUAACUUUUAACAAAACUUCUUUUUACAUUGCCGUAAAAAUUAACAAGUUAAUUUUAAAUUGUACCCCCCGUUCACUCGGUUUCGAUUUCUCUUAAUUUUAAACACGUCUGCGAUAUUAAACUUACAAUACGUACACUAUUCGAAAAAAUCCCGUCAUAUAAAUACGUUUUUUUGGUGAUUCGAGAGUGCGUAAUUCCAAGUUUAAAUUAAUUAUAAUUUGAUAUUCCCGGAAUAAAAUUCAAAUGUGUUUAAAUUAAACCAACAAAAAUACAUUAAAUACGAAAAUUUAACGUUUAAAUUAACUCAAAUUUACUUUUGCGUUAAUCAUUUUAUUCAAUUUUCGUGUUAAUUUUUAACAUUAUUUAGUUGAUCGAAAAAACAAAUAACUUUUAACGUACCUAACGUUAACUAUUUGUUUCCAUUAACUAAACGGAAUCUAACCGAUUUGAUAUUGUUCAUAAACUGGUCCAGCAUUGCUAUUUACGUUAUUUUUGUUCCGGUAAAAGAACAUCAUUGCGAAUAAAGUAUGAAUUCAAAUUGUACACCUAUGUACGCGCGUUGAAUUAAGAACUUUUCGAAUUUCAGAAACGUCUGAAGUUUUACAACAAUCUAUAAUAUAAUAUUAUAAUACAAUACUACUUCCUGUUAUUACUGCUCACUUAUAUAGCCUCGCACUAAAAUCAUGCAUAAAUAAUAUUAUAAAGUUUGGACGAACGUGUUCGGGAAACGACACAUUGCUUCCCGGAUAAAACUGUAAUGUACCGUACCGGGUGAUUCAUUAAGUGGGUACACUCAUUAUAUCGGAAGAAUUAACUUUUUUCGGAAUUUGUUUUCUAGAACAUUUGAGAAACAACCAGCUUUAAAUUUUAUAUUUACGUUAUAUUUUGUAACCCUUAUUUUUUGGGGUAAAAUCACUAUCUACUUUUGAUUUUCAAACGACAAACUACAUUGAAAAUUCCACAAAUAAAUGUAGCAUUAGUUAAAAUAAAUUUGAGUGUUUGUUAAAUUUGUUAUUUCUGUUAAGCCGUUGACGAGAUAUUCCACUUUUAAUUUUAGGCUGGAGGAGAGUAGUGGUUCAUUAAUAAUACGUGCGGUGUAUCGCCACACAAAUGACACUUCACUAAUCUCCUCCAACCUAAACUUAAAAGUGGAAUAUCUUGUCAACGGAUCAACGGAAAUAAAAAAUUUCAAAACUAAAAUUGAUUUUAACUAAUACUCCAUUUAUUUAUGGACUAUUUAAUAUAAGUUUCCGUUUGAAAAUAAAAAGUAGUUAGUACCCCCAAAAAUAAGGGUGACAAAAAAUAACAUAAAAUUGUAGAGCUCCUCUUUUCCUAAGUGUUCUAGAAUACAAAUUCCAGAAAAAAUUAAUACUUUCCGAGAUAUUUUUUGUUUUUGUUGUUUUACUGUUAUUGCAUUGGUUAAAAAAAAAAGAUGAUAAUUUCGUUUAGAAAAUAAACUGCGUAAUAAGUAUAUUGUAGUAUAUUCACAUGGGCAUAUGCAUAUAUAGCUGUCAAAUACAAAAAAAAAACAAAAAAAAAAAAAAAAAAAAAAACAAAAAGAAAAAUCAAUAAUUUUAGUAUGGUUAUUAUUCGUAGGUAAGUAUAUAGUACCUAAGAGACGUGUAUACGCCCCGAAAUUUGUCAAACGGGGUUAUGUAUUUUAUCGACAGUUUAUUUUUGUUUGUCUCACCACUCGAUUAUAAAGUAUUAAAAUAAUCGAAUAUUUAUGUGUCGCGAUGAAUUGAUGACACGCAUUAAAAUAUUCGUUUGAAGUAAUUUUGUUUCUUAUCAAAAUAGAGGGGGAAAGACGUGUAAUGGCGAGUUGUGGUUGGGAAUAUUGUAGGGACCUGCCAAUUAUAGACCCGCUGUAAUAUGUUUUUCUAAACCCUAAAUUAAUUAUCGCAAACAAAUGAGUAGACUACUGCAGUUAUAUAGACGGGGAGUUGGGAAGUUGGGAAGUGUGCAUCAGUGAUUCCCAAUCUAUGGUCCGCCGACUACCGGUGAUUUGCGAGACAAUGUGUCAUCCCGCAUUCUCCGUUAGGCAAUACCUACAAAAUUGAAUUUAGUAUUUAACGUACCAACAUAAUAUCACUUAUAUUUAUUUGAGAAUUUGAAAUUCCGUAAUUUGGCGCAGGGUGGUGUUAUAAAUUCGGCCUGGCCUGAAUGUAUAGCGGAUAAUGGAUAUAGUUGCUUGCGCAUUACUUUAAUAGAAUGUUGAUGACCUUUUUUUCGGCUUUUAUAUAGGAACUUUAUGCUAUAGUUUUAUAGAAAUCUUUUGCUGAUAAAUUUUUUAAACUUUUUUUUUUGCUUAUUGGUCCGUGCGAGGUUUGUGGCCUGCAUAAUCACACGUGUUUUAAAAGCAACUUUUGGUAUUCCGCGGCCCAUCGAAAGUUCUUGAAAAGUGAUCGAAAUGGUUAAAUAUAUAUAUAUUUGAACUCGAACGCAGAAUCGCGUAAAAUCAUCGUUAUUUCGUAUUCAAAACUUUUAAAUUAUUCGAAGUUCUUAUAAAUAUUGUGUAAAAAAAAACCACGAGUUACAGUGCUUCACCACUAGAUUCAAAUUUUCCCACAGUUGACUUGUUGCGGUGACAAUAUUUUGUGCUUUUUUUUUUUUAUAACUAUAAACAAUUGAACAAAACAAAUUUUAUCAAAAUAGGCAAUGAAGGUGUCUCGUAUUUUGCUCUUAUACAUAUGAACAUAUGGUAGACUCGGUAGUUGAAAGUUCAUACCAUCUAAAUGACACGUUCUUGAAACCAAUCCUGUUUAUAUUAUAUUCACAUUUUAAUCGAGUUAUUACUAUUCAAUAUAAUAUAAAGUAUACCUAUUUAAAACUCAGUAUUUCCACUGUGAAAGAGUUGAAUUUCGUAAAAACGGUUGCGGAAGGAGUUGAAAGUUAAGACCGCCGAAAGGCACGACUUUGAUACUUAUACCACGUGUGUAUACAAAAUAGCGUCCACCUUGCUUUAUUUUGGAGGGGGGUCUGUAGGGGUGAACAGUUCUGAGAAAACUUCCUCUUAACUACUGCAAUAAUACGGUGAAGCUCGUAUUGAAAUUUAACCAAUUCUUAACGAAUCGAUCGGCCUAUGAAAUAAAUUCUAAUUUCUUAGCUUUUUUUGGCUGAAGGUAGGCCACUACGAGUGUCCAAAUGCACCGAUAAUAUAUUGUGUAUAGGACACGGAUUUCAAUGCAAAAUGCAUCUUUUUUUAGUUGAAAUUAGACAACGCUUUCUAAGUUCAAAAUUUGAUUCAUUUAUCAAUAAUUAAACAAAGACUUCAAAGGUGAUACUUUUAUUUUGCAUUUUUCAAUGUUUUUUUUUUUUCAUUUUUAGAGUAUUUUUCGGUCAUUUUUUUCGUUUUAUUUAUUUAUAUUUAUAUAAUAUACGAGUAGAAUAUUAUAUAGUAUUUGUACAUAAUAUUAUCAUUGAUUAAAUACACUUGGUAAUGAUACAAUUUAAUCAAAUUAAAUUUAGCUGAUUCAAAAUAUUACCCAUGUUUUACGGGUUUUUUUAGUUAAUCAGUCCAAAUAAUUCUUAACUCAAUAACCCUUCACACAAUACUAUCGUCGCUAGUCACAAGUCAAAUUUUUUAAUUUUUUUUUCUUUUUUGAAAUAAAAUACAAAUAUUAUAAAUUACCCAAUAAAACAAUAAAUUAAAAAAAAUGUUUAAGAUCAUUUUCUCGGAAUAAUGCAUUUUAGAUUUUGAGUGGAGUGAGGAACGUUUUGGUUUUAUAAUGAUGUUUAUAUUUUUUUUAUCUGUGGAAAACUUUACUACUAGCAAUUUUGCUCAUAUUUUUUGAUUUUCCAAGGAGUUUCCUAAUAAAUGGAAAAUCCGAGAAAAAACGGAGCAAAACGACAAAAUAGGUUCAAUAUUAAACAAAUAUUAUUAAAGAAAAUAUACAAUCCAUAUUUAAUUAUUUUAUCACAAUAUAACGUCAUAUAUAUUGUUGAUAAAGCAAUACUAUCAAUCGAACUCCCUCAGAAUCGUUUUUUCAUUAGCAAUGGUUAAUUAUUACGUAUUCAGAUAUAUAUUAUAUUUCCCCUCUAGCACAUUCACAAUUUCUCAUCUAUAACAGUGGCUGCAUCCGUCCCCAUUAUUCUAGGACAUAUUUUUUAAAGUCGUUUUUAACUUUUUUUUUUUUAGAGCAUUUUUCGAUGAUUUUUAGUGCAUCUUGGCUCUUAUUACGUAUAUUACAGGUGCGACAGUUUUCCUCUGUGUUUAGGGGAAAUUCGACAAAAAUGUGUUAUGCACAGUGACAUCGAGAAUAUUGUGCUAUAAAUAUUAUUCGCGUUUAUAUACACAAAUGUUUCGUACGAAAAUAUCGACUGCUAAAUUUUAUAAUAAUAUACAAUAACAUACGCACGUUACAAACGUAGACAUUGCGUUUAUAUUUGUUCGCAUUAUUAUAUUAUACACACACACACACACAUAAAGGUAUUCAAAUACAAUAUCUGUAUAAUACAUAUUGUAUAUGACUAUUGUAUGUGUACGUGUGUUAUGUAAGUACGUCGUAUUAUGUGCGGACGUGUCGGUGUCUGUGUUUCGCGCGAAUGUUCGAGAUUCUUGAUUAUCGAACGGAUAAAAUCGUACAUUUUUAUUCGUACGGCGAAUGAAAACGUUCGCUUAUUCAAUUUCAAAGGAAUGCGUGUCUGCAGUGCGUAUACCCGGUGCUUAUUGCGCGAUGACGAUUCGGGUAUGCGAAACGCUGUGUUUGUAUUAUACAAUUACACAUUAUUAUUAUACGCGAGUUGUCAUUUCAUAAACUCGAAAAAUGCAAAACGAUAAACUCCCCGUACUGCAGAAUAGUGGAACGCGAUGGUAUUGUUGUUAUGCGAAGGGCGAAACAAAGAAGGAUAACGUAAUAUUUUCUACCGCUAUUUUCGUUUUAAAUUAAAACGCAAAAAAAAAAAAAAAGGCGGUAGUAAUAUUAUAACCGUGUAAGAAUUGGGCUUUGCGAAAUACGUCAUUUGUACGCGAUUUUCGCUGUACUCCGAUAUGCGGUCACUACCGUCGAAAUUCAAAGUUAAUUAAUCGUUACCUACCGCGGUCACCAUUUGAUCCACUUUGUUAUAAAAAUGUCGAUUUCAUUAUUUGGCCGUGCUCCCGGCAUAUAGACCUAACCUGACCCAAAGUCCUUGUAUUCUAAUCCCGUAAUUUCUUACUUGUUCUUAAUUUUCCUUAUAGUCGUGUCUCUGUUGUAUAAAUAUAGCAGAACAAAUUAAAGCAGAAAUCGAAAUUUCACGAAUUAUGUCCAGAUAAAAAAAAAAAAUCGUCAAAAUUGUAUUCAUUAUAUAGUAUUAUAGACUUUCUCUCUUAUUUAGAAGUGCAAAUAAACAGAAUUUUCAAUAAGUCUAUUGCACCCAAUUAUUAUUAGAAAUAGCAUCAUCAAAAAUUAAGAUUAUUGGUGAACACUCUCAAAUUGAAAAAUAUGAUAAAAUAUAUCGGAUUAUAUAUUGGAUAUAUUUGGAUUGAUAAAAAUUUGGUUGACUCCAAAUGUGACGGCAUUUCGUUUGUUGAUUUAUUGGCUCAUUGCGAAUAUUAUCGUGGGAUUUUUCAAAUACUUUAUGUUUUAUUAUCAUUACUUCCAAUUUCGCGUACAGUAGAAAGAUCGUUAUGUAGAUUAAAGGAAGUAUUAAUGGCAUACAAAUAAAUAACUACAAAUUUAAUCUAAUUAAGUAUACACAAUGUAAGAUAAUAUUAAUGCCGGCAAACAACCGGCUGGAAACCAGAAUUAGUUUAAAUUAAUUAUAAAAAAAAAAAAAUCGAAAUAUUGUAUCGGCGACAAAUCGACCGGUGAGUGGGAGGGGGAGGAAUUCGACUCCAACGACGGAGCUCUGCUACUUACGGGUGAUUUAUUUCUUCUUGAUUGCAUACUUGCCGAGUAAUUAUAUUGUAAAGGUUUUUAAUACUCGAUAUUUAUUGUAUACGUUAUUGUAAUGCCUAUCCUGCGGUGGCGCUGUGAUCGGAUUACCUAUUACCGUCAAUUCAAACCGCGAUUGAAAUAAUUGCCUUGCACAGUUAUAAUAUUAUAAUACCCAAUUAUUGACUGGAAUUGGACAUAUUCGUUACCCUAACGAUUUCUCCGGAAUUAUUUAGCAGCUGCUUUUCAAUUAGCUAUUUAUAAUAACGAACCAAUAUUGUAAAACGGCAAAACUGAAAUCCGUACGGCGGCGGCGGCGUUGGUACUGAAUACUGUUUCGAUCGAUUUGAGAAAAUACUUGUAUAACUAAACGAGGUGUAAAUGUGUACAUUUUUUUUUUGGCCCACACGAACUUUUAAUAGAACGGCGGUUAUUUUUUUUUUAUUUAACCUCAUUAUUAUAAUCGAGUUGAAAAUGGUUGUAUAAAUUUGAACGCUUUUGUACAGGUAUACACUAUUAACGAGCGAUUGACCGUUUUAAAUGUAUUAUGCAUGAUGUACUCAGAAUAAACUGGAACUGCGAUGGUGCAGGAGUUCGAAUAUAUUGCAAACGAAUUGUAAAAAAUUAAAUUAUUGACGAAAUAGACCCUCGUGAGAUAUCCUAUAGAAUAUAUCUACAAAACCCUGUCCGUGUAUUAAGUCCGUGUAGGUAUAACGAAAGCUAGUGAUAUUCGUACCGUAUAUGUACUGAAGUAAUAUACAAUGAGGAUACUAUUAUAUAAGCUAGAUCUAAGAAAAUCCUAUAUACGGCUUCGCUUUAUUAAGAAUUUAGAGUGAAAUAUAAGUAUACCUGUAUUAUAACCUCUGAGAAUAAUAAAAAAAGAACCAAAUAAAUAUACGUUUUAUACUGUAGGUAGAAAAUUGUAAAGAUAGGAUACCCAAAGUUAUUUAGUUUAUAUCUGUAACCAACGAUAAACCGUUGCUAACCGAAAACGAUUCCGAGUGAAGUUCGUUUAUAUAUGAUUUUUCAGUCCGUAAUAUUUACGAUUUUCGAAAAAAUUUAAACUCAAAACUCUUAUAUAAAAAAAGCCACUCCAUUUCGCUAAACUUAUAACGAAUUCCCUAUUAAAUUUUCAAGCAUUUCUGUUUAGUCGAACAAUUAUACCGCGUUUAAGAAAAACCAAUAUAAAUAUUCUGCGAAUACGUCAGCUUUCUAUUAAUGUUUAACCGAUUUACAAUAAAAAUCAGAAGCCGAAAAAACGAAACCAAAAAUUGCAUAUACUUUCUCGUAUUUCCUAUGUUUUUUCCGAUUUUUCUCAAUUAUUAUAAAAACCGAUUGGAAAAUCGAAAAACGUGACUAACCAACUAUAUAUUCAAAAUGCAAUACAAAAGGUCUCUUGUCAUUUGUUAAUUAGAGCGAUAUUUUUAGUAGAAAAGUUGUUUACAGUCAGAAAAAAAAAAUAUGCAUCAUAGUAAAACUUUUGGAAUUCUCAACUAAAAUAUAUUUUAACGUAAUCAAGGCGUUUUAACGACUAAUUGAAAAAAGCGAAUUAACACGUCAAAAGUUAAUAACAUGAACAUUUCAUUAAAUUGUUACCUUAACUUAAGAAGUUUGGUUUGUUUAUUUGUAAUAUUGUUAUUUUCACGAAUAAAACGAUUAAAAACUGAUACGGAGUUUAUAAUAUUUUAAAAAUAUGUAUUUUAUGCCGUGAAAAUUGUAAGUUAGACUUUUUUUUUGCUUCAAAAAUCCAGAUACAUUAUUGAGUAAAAAAAAAUAAAUAUUAUUUUUACCGUGAUAUCAAAUAAAUCAUAAUACAGUGUUUAAAUGGUAAGUUUAAUAUUAUGUUUAAUUCAAAAUUCAAAGAGAUUAACUUAACAUCGUAUAGCAGAACGAAUAAACUGCAGGUUAUUGAUUCAGUUAAUGUAAAAAAAUAAAAAAACAAACAUAUUUAAUUACUAUAGUUAGAUAACAAAAAAAGGAAGCAAAACGAACAUGAGUUACAAGUUAAAAUCACUCAGCUUAUUAAAUUUGAACUGUGUACAAAUUCUAGUAUCAAACAUUAGUUAAUUAGUUGUUUAUUAUUAUAUAUAUACACAUUUUCAUUAUAUUAUUAGUAUGAGUUGUAAAUCUUUUUUACCGCAUUCGUAAUUAACUCGUAAACAGUCAUAUUAUUUUAUUGUAAUGUGACGAUGUUAUCGGAAUUACAACGAAAUUACUCGACAUUCCCGCUUAUACAUUUAAAACUAAAUUAAUAUACAAGUGUGUAUUCAAUUAGACGAUUAAAACUUUACAUUUCAUCUGACAAACGGUUUUACGAUGGUUCCGGGCAAACAUAAAAACUGACGUUUAUAAUCAUUCGCAGAACGUCUGAAAUGUACGUUCGACUACCCACACUGUCCAUAUUAUGUAUAUAAAUUUAAUAGUAAGUAUAUAAUACAUACUUUUAAACUUAAUUGUUAAUGAUGGUGAAAACGGUGAAUUUCAAACAAAAUAUACACCACUACGCCAUCUGCACCUAUCGGAAAACUCGUAUCUUUAACGGUAAUCGUUUUUAAGUAGAAGAAAUAACCUAAUUGCGCCCGUGGCUAUUUAUGUGUAAACGUUUAAUUGGGCACUGCAGGCGUUAAAGUUAAAGUUUAAAGACUUUGAAUUAAAUUAGGAAAAACUAUCGAAAGUGAAAAAAAAGAAAAAAGAAUGCUGAUACUUUUGGGGACGCCCGUUUUUCACACAAUAGCGAAGUUGACUGUGCGUUAUUCUAUAAACUAAUGAAGAAAAUAUAUAUAAGUAAUUACAUUUAAAUCGGCUAUAUUUUCCUUUGGUAUACAUUUAUAUAGACAUAAUAUAAUUUUUUAAAAAAAAAAGGAAAAGAAAUUUUUAAGUCAGUGUAAUGUAAGUAUAUUAUGUAUAGUGGAGAAUUGUGUAUUUUUCUUUUCCAGUAUAAUUUAGUACUAACCGUCGGUUUCGAUUUACUUUUUGCUUUUCAACAUUCAACCGUAUAAUAUUAGAGUGGCGGAGAGACUUUAAAUUAUAGAUUUUCAGAGGGUUCCCUCGUGCGUAUUCCGUUCCAUAAACCGUUUAAAAGUCGUUGAGUUUCCGUCGUCGUUGGAAAUCGUUAAGCCACGCGCGAGUUUCAAUAUAAAGCUAUGUGACCGCCGAAAUAGGCUCGUGCAGCGAGUCACACGUCUCUAUACAGGGUGACUUGUUUUUGUCUAUAGUGAUCCAGAGAUUUGCUCGGUGGAUUUUAAAUUUCGAUUUCUGUUAUUUGCAAUCGUUAUCGAAUUAUUCGAUCGAUAUAAUUUUGUUUUGUUUGUCUAGAGCGUAUACGCGACAUAAUUAGUGAUUUAUACCGAUUUUCUGUCCAUCAGUCCGAUCAAUGUAGUAAAGAGACACGAAUUCUGAAAACAGAUUUGUAUUAAACAGGAAAUGUUCAUAAGAUCGGUUAGGGACCGUUUUUUCGAAUUGCAGUUCUUAAUUUCCAAAAAAAUUACUUGAAUGUAUUUUAAAAAAAUCUUAUCAUAUGAUCAAUCUUAUUGUAUACUUCACGUUGGAUUCAAAUUUGUAUAAACAUUCCGGUCACUUGAUUACACCGAUCACAUAAUUUUCCAUCGACGAACUGAAAAUAAUCGAUAUAAACUGUUACGCAACGUAUGUUUUAGAUAGAGAAAGAAAAAAAUAUAUUAAUUUCGAAUCUUCUAACGCUUUAUUUUAACAAUGUUUUCGAAUAUAGUGAAUCCUUGCUCCUUUAAUUUUCAAACGGUAACUCCCCCCUCCUUUUAAAUAUAAAUUAGAAACAUAUUAAUAUCAUGUGUAACACCAUUAAUAACGGAUAUACCGUUUAUGAGUUUUAGCAAUUUCAAAUUUAGACCGGAGAGUGUGUGGUUGCAAAGUGUUUCCUAUAACUACAUUUUCGGACAAUUAUUCUAGUUUCAAAUCUAAUAUUGAAAAUCAAUACAGUUGAUAAUAACAUGUGUCUUUGGUGUUUGGAUUGUCGGUAGAUUAUGUUUGAAAAAAAUUACCCUGUAUACAAGUAUAAUUUCCCGGCACGAGAAAUAACGCACGUGAAAAUCGAUCGGUUUUAAAAUCAAUUAUUUCGUUCGACACUUUCUUCGCAGCCGUGGGUAUUUUAAUAAAUAAUACGCUGUGUUUUCUGUACUUGUACUUAUACUUACAAUGUAUAGUCUAUUGUAAUUGCGUAUUUUUGACAUAUUAUUCCGACAUUUUGUAUGUAUAUUAUACCCAUACAUAAUAUAUAAAAUGCACACAUUACUAUAUACAUUGUAUAAUAACACCAAGGUGAACCGCAUAAAAACGUUAUUUUAUGCAUUGUAUUUCGUGUUUUGUGUAGUGUUCGGCCGACUGUUUUUGUGACGCGUGCAAUCGAUCGACAUUUUUAUUUGUUUUUUUAUGACUUAUUCUAGGCCAUUUAGGCCCGUGGCCGUUUCUUUGAUAUCACACCGAGCAUGUCCACGCAACAUCAAUUUUUCGCUGCACAGUAUUCCUAAAAUAUUUAGAUCGUCUUUGACUCGAUCCGUAUUUUAUCAGGUUUCCAUUACGUUUAUACAUACUGAUCUUAUGAUUCAGUUAUAUACUCCCCGCACAUGUCUAAUUCAUUUAUUUACUCUCUGACUCUCGCGUAUAACUUCUCUAUCGUUAAAUAAAGUUAAACACAGUUCCUUUUCUGCAGGUUGAAUUUGUUUCGAAGCCGCCUCUCUUUACAUAUUUUUCUUCGGGUCAAAAUAUUCUUUGCACGAUUUUCCUCUCAAGUAGCACUAGUUUGUUUUUAUUGUGUUUAGUGCAGUAUGACCCAGGCCGCAACGUCGUCGGUCUUGCAAGUAACAAAAUAUCGAUCAAAAUCACAAAAUUAAAUAUCCAAUUCAACUAUAUUCAUCUGAUCAAUUUGUACCCAGUACGAAAAUUGUAUAUUAUUAUAUAUUUUUAAUGGGAUUACUUAUACUGGCACGAACGAUAAAUCUUUGAUUCCCUAUUGUAAGGGCUUAAGUUUAAUAUUCAUCAUUCUUAGUUUUCAAUACAAGCAAAUCGUAGGUAAUUUGAAAAAAUUCUGAAAGUGAAAAUAAAAUAUUUAUAUUUCCGCGACGAAAAUGUGUAUAUUAUUGGUUAUUCAAGUCAAACAAAAUGUAUAUGGGACAAUUUGUCCACAACUACAGUUGUGUUAUCUGUGCAACUGAAAAAUCGGCGGGACAACAACCGUGACGUGGUACAUGCGUUUUAUUUCCCGUUCUUCCGUAACCCACCAAACAGGAAGCGGCGGAAGACAGGAACGGAUCCAGAACAAGAUAACGGGUGAGUAAGAGUGGGAGAUUUUGGAAAUGAUUACGAGGCGUACAUUUAUGACGAAUCAAGCUAAGAGUAUAUUUGAGCUGAAAGUACCUAUAUCAGAGGCGAUUAUUUCCAUCGUCUAACCCCUCCCCAUUGAUCUACCACUGGUGGGACGGUCUUUAUGUCUAUUAAAUUCUAUAAUGUUUACUAAAUUUCAAUUGAUACAUUAUUUUUAUUUUAUUUAUUUAUAUAUUAACGAUUCAAAAUAUAAACGUUGACAUAAGCCAAAUGUAUCGAUUAGGAAAAAAAAUAAUUGUUCGUUCUAAGUGGCUUAAAUCCUAUUAUUAAUGGACUUAUUGCAAAACAAAAAGCAAUACAUUUUAACGACCUGAGACACUUUUAUUGUUUUCUGUAUAAAUAAACAUAAUAAUAAAUAACAAGACUUAUGAGUUAUAGAAUACACUAUAUACAUACAUUUACGCUGUUAAAAAAAAAAAAAAAAAACUAUAUAAUAUAGGGUGAUGCGUCUUGCCAAGGAGAAUCCGUUUUUUAGUUUAUAAGUUGUUCUGAUGUAUUUUUUCUCACUCUUAUUAUUAUUUUUUUUUCAUACUUAACUUGUCUUCUAUCUUUAAUUACAUUUUUGAAACUAUACAUUAUGUUAAAUUUUAAUUGUACUUCGGGAGCCACGGUCCGUAUUGAAAAUGAAAUAAAAUAAAUAAAAUAUUAUGCAUGUAAAUGAAAAAAGUCCAAUAUGAACUUAAUCCCUUCUUUCGGGCAAACAACGAAUUUAACAACGAGAUUUUCAUAAAUUAUACAUUUGUAUUUUCUAUAUUGAAUACGAGCCGUUAGUGUUAAAUACCUAACUUGGUACCUUUUGGGUUUAUAAAAAUAAUUAUUUUAAUAAUAUUAUUAUGUUUUUUUUUAAAAUACCAAAGUAUUAAACGCCCCUUUUUAGUUUUAUUAUUUUAAUAUUGUUUACGUGUUUGAUUCAUAUAACUUGUGCUACUCCACUCUUAAACAUAAGUAAACAAAUUCGUCCAACUUUAUUUUGAAUAGGUACACCAUUUUUUUUUUAGCUUUUGUGAUUCAAUCAUCAAUAUUAUACUGUGUUCUACGACCCGUUUUCACGUAGGAUAAUAUACUGUGUCUCGCAUGUUACGAUAUUAUAAUAUUGAAUAAUGGGUAAAAGUUUGGUAUUCAAUAAUUAUUACAUUUAUAAAAUCGUAAAAUCCUAAAAUUAACGAUUGGUUAUUAAUAAUGUACCUACUCUGUAGUUUAUUAAAAUUUGAUUGCUAUACAUAAAUAGAUUUAUAACUUGCUCUCCUUUUACGGCACAUUUUUCUGAAUGACACUUAGCAAAACCAAAUAUUUCGUUAACAGAUAUCAAAACUUUUUCGUUUAUCUAUUUUAUUUUUAAUUCGAUAAAACGAGAUCAAAAAAAAAAAAAAAAAUAAUAACAUUAGGUAGUAAUUACAAUAAAUACACUUUUAUGAACCGUAAAAAAUACAAUAUAAAGACAACUCACAUUCUACGGUUUCUUCGGUAGUGACAAAACUAUUAAAACCCACGAAUUCGUAAUAUAAUUUGUUUACAUUAAAACUUCUUCUUUUUCUUAGAGGCGAAGAUUUUAUUGAUUUUUAGAGGGGUUAUUUUAGUAAUGAUCAAAAACUAUUUAAAAAUAACUUUAAGGGGCUAAUGAUUAUUUUUUUUUGGGGGGAGGGGGUAACUCUCCCAAUAAUGUUUUUUCUUCUUCACCUUCAUUCUAAUUAUUUGAGGUCGGCUAACCUCGUUAUAAAUCCCCACUCGACCCGAUAUCCCACCUCGUGUACACCGGACGUUCUCGUAUCAUUUUUAUACCAUCCAACCGUUUAUUUUUUCGCUUUUCCUCUCCUCUUCCUCUUACGUUUUCUAUAAACACUUAUGAUUCUAUAUAAAUUAUUUAAUAUAAUAUUUCGAUUUUUUAAGAUUCAGAAGCGCGAAGCACGUACCUAUAAGAUACUAUAUUAUGGUAUGGAGUACUUUUUGGAGCCACCAUUUUAUAUACCUGUAUUAUUUUGGCGUGAACUCAUAAUCUAAAUCGUCAAUAGUUCACGUUAUUUGUUUUGUAAUUUGAAUGCAUUGUGUUUUUAUAAUAAUUAACGAAGGCAUAAUAUUUUUGUAUUAUAAACGAUAAAUCAUAAACGGGUGGGGUUUUUUUCUUUUUUAUGGGAGUAUACCCGCUCAACUCGACUAUUACACGUAAUAAAUUCGUUACGUCUCGAGUACUCACGACCCACGAAGACAACGUACUGUGUAUGUCGUGCAGAAUAAAAUAAUAAUAUAAUAAUACGCGUGGGAGGUGAACACGACUAAUUAUUAUAACUUAGUUGUUUUUUUUUUGUUUCUAUUAUAUUAUACGCAUUAUAUGAUUAUAAUAGUGUUGUUAUUAUCAAGGUUCGGAACUUGCGUACAUAAAAAUAAAACAAAAAAAAAAACAAAAUAGGUAUGAUGUGAAUAAAAACACCGAAAUACGGUGUAAACAUUGAGCCAUAAUAUGCAAAAAAAAAAAAAGUAAUGCAAUAUUUGUACACGGAAUUCAAAAUAACAUGCCAAUAUUAUUGCUUUUAUUAUUUUUGUGCAACCGAGUAAAUAAUAUUUUUUCUUUUUUUUUUCGCUUCAAAAAAAAAAAUAAUUGGUCAAAUAGCUAAUCAUAUCCUAUAGUGUUCAAAAUAAUACGAGCUGUAAAUCCAUAGGUGUGCGCAGACCUUUAUGGCAGGGGAAGAGGGCAAACGUUUUGUUUUGCCAACAUCACUAGUGACUGCGGAAAUAUUUUCCAGGAGAAGAGGGAACCAAAUAGGUUAAUCUAAUUUUGUAUAUUUAUAUUAAAAUUAAUUUUAUAGGUAGUAGGUACUUAAAUAAUAACACAAAUAUCACACUUUGCUUUAUACAGAUAUUUUCAUUAUUAAUCACAAAAUAUUUCAUUGUUAUCAAUAAUUAAUAACAAUGAACUGGAUCAUUUUGUUCAUAUCAUAGAUUCGUGGUAAUGUCUUGAGCUUUCUUUCGAUUGUACUGGUAGUUAUCCAAGUUUCACAGUCAUAGGUGAGCGUAUUAUUAGACCUUAUUAUUGGCGUAUAUAAUCUAGUUUUGGCUUUCUUUGAAAAUAAUUUUAAUUUUAAGUACUUAUUAUGGCAAAUGCCGCUCUUUUAACCUCUGUUAUCCUCACUCCUAUUCCCUUCGACCAAUCAUUUUUAGUGCUGAGCAUAGCUCCUAGAUACUGGAAUUAAUUGAGUUUUUCGAAAGUUAGGGACCCCGUAUCAGGGUUGUCUCCGUUUUCUAGCUACUCCAUUAUUUUAGCUUUUUUGGCAUUGAAUCUCAAACCUAUUUUGCUGGCUGCUCGUUCAAGGCCUUGAGCUGCGUUUUCAGUCUUCUCUAAUAAGUUUUCGAGUAUAUUUAGUAAAUUGAAUAAUGACUCAACUGGGUUGAUCAAGCACGUCCCUGAAGGGGGGGAGGAAAUCGCUCCCCCCCGUGCCCCGUGUGGUGUUCUUUUUUUUAUGCAAAUUAUCCAUAAUUCUUAAGUACAAAUAAGUACAAAUGUAACUGAUUCUAAAUACCAUUAAGAUGAUUCCGGAUCUUGGAAAUACUUUGAUUGAAACAAAAAUGAAACAAUUCUCAUUUAUAAAUUUCAACAAAUGUUCUCUUAAGAUUGAGAUAGAAUUAUUGAAAACUAAGUGAAAACAAUCAAUUUUCAAAGAUAUAAUAAAAUAAUAUAUUUGUAGAAUCAAAAUUGGAAGUGAUUACUAUAAUUUAAAUUUUAUAUUCUGAGUGUGGUGAAGAAUAUAUCUGUUCGACUUAUAUAUCAUGGACUCUGUCAUCUAACUUUUAUCAAUUAUUAUUCUUAUUAUUUUUGUUAUUCUUAUUAUCAUUAUUUUAAUUAUUAUUUAUUUAAUGUGUAAAAAAUAAAUUUAAUUUUUAUAUCACACUGUUAUACUGCAAUAAAAUAAUAUUUGUACAAUAUAUCUGCAGUCUUCUAAGCUCAUAGAAGUUGAAAUGACAUCACGCAUAAAAGUUUUAGGUUUUUGUUGACCAAAGCGGUGGUAUUCAAGAGUAAAAAUGAUUUGCCUCCUCUCCAUGGAAUUGACCCUAAGACGCCACUGAGCAAUACUCUUAUCCGAGUUCCGCUUAGAAUCGUUUUUAUUGGCAACGCUUAAAUUUGCUUAGGUACAGAUAUACAUUCAAUAUCUUACUUUUCCAACUUCUCAUCUAUAACAGUGGUUCACCAGUAGUGCGAAGUGUGAACGUCUUUUUUUCUUAAUAUUAAAUUUAAUUAUUUCGCCCGUCCCCUCCUGGGUCGCCCUCCGCCCUCCGUCCCCGAUAUAACUACGUCGAACGGUUUCAAGAAUAUUCAGAAUUUGUUUUUCCCGAUCGGACCCGCAACCGAACAGCCGAUAUCGGCCGUUAUUAUUUUCAUCGUGUUGCGCGGGUUACCUUAGACGUCGACCCGGCCGCGGCUAUUAUACGUAUAAAUCGAGACGACAAAAACGUUCGCAUGUGCGGCGGACACUGAAAAAAAAAAAAUCGUUCGGAUUUCGAUACUUCAACAGACGUGUUAUAUUUUUACGGCGUCGAACGGGUACGCGCAAUAUAUUAUUGUUAUUAUCAUAUAAUAACACGGGUAAUAUCGCGACGGGCUCUUCUCCUCCGUCCGCCCGCGCGUUUAUAAACAUAAUAAUAAUAUAAUAAUAAUAAUAAUAAUAAUACACAAAGGAAUAUUGUCCGGGGACGACGAUUGCCCAUCACUAUUAUUAUUUUUUUAAUGGUACAGUCGUAAAAGUCGCGGCUCGCGUCCAUUAGCACGUAUAUACGAUGCCCGAUCGCUGUACCGGUGCGCCUGUGUUCCUCCGGCGCGCACAGCACAAUGCACCCGCCCGGCCGUAGUCGCGUCUCCCGAAAGCGAGUAGAACCCAUAAAACUUCUGUCGGCGCGCAACAAUAUUAUUCACGUAUUUUUCCCCGUAGGUUUUAUCCGUCCGGGUAUACCGCGCGCGGUACGCGCCUGCACGCGUGCAUGGUGCCCACCAAGGCGUCCACGGUCCGGAUAUUUUGUCCGCGCGCCAGAACCCGUAAAACGUUGUUACAACGCGCGGGCGUGUUAUUAAAAUUCGUCUACCGGCCGGAGCCCCGUCCGCCGCGGCAGUCCGGUACGUCGGACGGGUACGUUUCAUUUUCUCACUUUACGUUUUUAUUAUGACCGGCUUUUUUUUUCUGACGACGACCAAACCUAACCGCCACCCAACCGCCCGGGAACAGUGCCGCGGGACGCCCGACGCGCCGUUUUCCUUUCUCGCGGCCGCCGCGGAAACUUACGUGGAUAAUAUACCGGGUGGGUGAACCGUUUAAGCGGACGCACUCAUGAUCUCGGAAAGCGUUAACUGUUUCCGGAAUUCGCUUUCUAGAGCAUUUACGAGACAAGCUUCUCUGCAAUUUCACGUUGAUAUUCUUUCUUGUCGCCCUUAUUUUCGACUGCAAAACCACUACCUAUUUUUUAUUUUAAAAUGGCAAUCCACAUUAAAAAUUCUAUAAACAGAGAGAUUAUUAGUUAAAAUCAUUUUUACUGUUGACAUUUUUGAUUUCCGCCAAUCCGUUAACGAGAUAUUUCACUUUUAAGUUUGGAUUGGAGGAUAGUUGUAGUGGUGCCUCAUUAACAUGCCACGCGCAUAAUACUUCACUACUCUCCUCGAAUCCGAAUUUAAAAGUGAAACAUCUCGUUAACGGAUUGGCGGAAAUCAAAAAUGUCAACACUAAAAAUGAUUUUAACUAAUAAUCUCUCUAUUUAUAGAAUUUUUAAUGUGGAUUGCCAUUUGAAAAUCAAAAAUAGGUAGUGGUUUACCCCUCAAAAUAAGGGUGACAAAAAAAUAACAUAAAUAUAAAAUUAUAGGGAAGCUUGUUUCUUAAAUGUUCUAGAAAACGAAUUCCGGAAAAAGUUAAUCCUUUCAGAGAUAAUAAGUGUAUCCAUUUAAAUGGAUCACCUGGUACAGUUCGUAUUCAUUCAAAUUCGAACUUCAAACGGCUGCAGUAAACAAAGACUUAAAGAAAUAGAACAAUUAUUAAAACUAAGACGGUAGUACUACAGACAGAAAAAAAUAAUACGCGGUUAAAUAUGUUAAAGUAUAGGUACGAGACACUAUACGGAAGGGUCGAUUAUGGCUAUAAGAAGUGGUGCGAUAAGGGAUAGACAAAUGAAGAAAUUCGCGACCACUCCGAGAAAUUCCAGACGAAGCUUCAAUUAUAGAUUGGCCCGGUAUAUUAUUUAUUUUAAUACAGUGUGUUGUGCCCGAGAAUUAGAAAUGAUAAGUAGGUCAACGUUUUAUUAUUGGAACGAAAAUGUCACCAUGUUUAAUAAUUAACGUGACCAUAACAAUUUGAGGUGUAGACGAACAAAUAUUUACUCGCGGAUAUUGGAUAUUUUAAGGAAUUUGCAGUACGUACACGUUCGUCCGGUGAACAGGUACGGUAGGUACGGUAUACUUUACAAAAAAGGGUUUACGUGCGUCGGGCGAUUGUAAAUUCCAGAUUUUUAUGGCCGGUAAAUUGUCUCGGGUCUGUUUCAUGUUUGCCGGAUGGUUAUAAUAUGCAUCAUUGCACAUUGUAAAUUCCCUCGAGUCAACAAUAAGUUUCCCCGAAGGAAAUAUUCAGUGUAAUGGUUUCCAGAAUCUCCAAAAAAAAAAAAAAAAAAAUUAUAAAAUAAAUACAUUUUACACGAAUAUUAUGUUCGUAAUCGCGAAUUCGUUUUUAAAUAAAACAAUUCGCGUAAGUAAUUAUGGUUGUUUUAUAUAAUAACGAUUUUUUAACGACGAUUAAUUAUAUUAUUCAUAACUAUUAUCUCGACUUUUUUCGCCAGUCCACAUAUAUCAUCCCCUAUAUUCUUGUUCCUCUUUUUUUUAAUAAUUUUGUACAAUAAUUUUUUUAUCGCCGUCGUCACUGUUCCCCUGCCGUUAUCGUGUGCUGAUCCUGAAUUAUCACCCAUUUAUUCGUCACUUCCAACUUUCUAAAUGUACGAGGUGUGGCUAUUAAAUAACGAGACUGGUUACGAAAAAGUGUUUUAUUAUAAAAAUUAUUCUACAUUCAAAUACAUUACUCGUUUUUUUCACUACUCAUCUAGGACGCUCUCUAGGCGAUUAGUCUCGUUGUUUAAUAGCCACACCUCGUAUACACAUAAUUUUGUCCAUCACUCUCUCGUGACCAAAGCACUACAGGAAAUUUUGUUUUUUUUUUUACACAACUUAAUGGCAACACUUUGAACUAGCAUAUUAUAUUAUCUUUUUAAAGAAGAAAUACUAUUUAGCAAAUAGUUUUUAUCUAGCUAUAAUCGUAGAUCAAAUCAAUUUUGUAAAGUAGAUAUAGGUAUGCCUUGCUCUGUUACGUACGACUCGUUUUACCAGUAAGCGCUUACAAUGUUUUUCAAAAAUAUUUCUUUUAGACGAAACUUAUUAAUGCGGACCCAGAAGAAUGUGCAUCUAAUAUAUUAUACUUACCUUUCGAUAAGAACUAAAAUCAACUCGCCCUACGGAUAUAUCCCGCCCUAAACGACAACCUGUAUACUCCCUCCGGAACCUUGAACUUGGUAUUUCAUUUGAUCGUAUUGUCGCUGUUUUUUUUUAUCGUGACCCGGCGAUUAUUUACGGUUACAAGUAAAUUCGACAUUAGGUUUUUUCAGGAUUUAAAAAUGAAUAUGAAAAUCGUUAUUCUCCCCGUCGCCUAAACUUCUCUGAUCCGAACGCUUAACUGUAGUUAGAGCGCAUAAACGAUACGUUCGAGAGUAAUGUUAUGCAUUUCAAAAUUAUUUCGAGAAAUGUGCUGUAUUCGAAUUUGUAGUGUUGGAAAAAGAAGAUAUUUUACAGUCAAAAGUCGAUGCGUUAUGUGUUUACGGCUUACAGAACGAAUGUAAAAUUUGCUAACAAUAGAUUGUCUUCGCCCGGUUAUUAUAUAUAUAAAAAAAAAAAAAAAAAUAAAAAAAUAUCACUCUGUACAUAUUAUUAUGGUUAUUACUCUCGCGUUCACUGUUAAUAUUAUAAUAAUACAGCGUUGAGACCAUAUUACACACACAUAAACACACUUAUAUACGAACAACAAUAAGCAUUGUCCGCGGUGUCUCGAUCGUGCGCGGUAUUCUGCGGAGAAUAUUAUUAUUAUUGUUAUUACAGUCUAUAAAACAAUAAUACGACCGCAUCGACCACUAUCGGUUCCCGGGGAGGAUAAGGCGAGGAAAUCAACACGGCCCUGCGGAACCGAGACGAUUUCAAUAAAAUACAGUGAAUAGCAAGAAUAUUUUACAAGCCGCGGUUAAAGUGGGAAAAACUAAAAAAAAAAAUGAUUUGCCGAAAAUUUUGGGGGGCGUUCCCGAAACCUAACUGAUCAAACUUUCAGGAAACCCAUCACGGAGACAAUAUUUACGAAAUGUUAUUCUCACGCAUUAUUAAAAAUACAUAUAUAUAUAUAUAUAUAUUAUACUAAUGGAAUUGAAAAAUAAACUGGAAUCCCUGCCUCAAAAAAUCUUGUGAAAUAUAAUCUGAUUACCUACGGUUCUAUUGUGAUCCAAUAAAUUUUAGUUAAAAUAAUUAGAGUUAUAAUUCCUCGUGCGUAACACCAAAUCGUAGCAUUAUGAACCGGUAAACGUUAAUAAGUCGCUUGAAACUGGUGAGAUAUCGAGCCAUCGUUACGUUAUGUGAGUAUUCGACUGUAAUAUUUCAGAUUCCAAAUAAUUCUAUAGUGCACUAUACAAGCCCAUGACCGUUCUUCAAAAAUCAGUCUUUCAUUUCGACUUCACCGUUUCUAAACCGUCCACAAACUUUAAAUGUUCUAUGCGAUUUGUAAAUAUUUUAUAUUGGUUAUCAUUAUAAACACGAAAUAACACUUUCAUUAGGCAGUUACAGUACAAGUUCCUAGUGUCCAUUGUAUAUCAAACGUAUUGUUAACCAUGUGACAAAACGGAGUACUGAAAUACCGCAAUCGCCCAACUAUUCGGUCUCUGGUUUAGCCGUCAAUAAAUGUGGACCUUCUUUAGAGUCUAGCUAAUCGUUUAGCGAAAAGACGGACAGCGACGGACACGGUCUAAUUCAUUAACUACUUAAUAAUUUUUUAUUACAAUCAGACCGCACGGGGUUUUUUCCCCGGGAGAAAAAAAAGUUUUUUUUUUUGGAAAUCUAUAGUUAAUAUCCCCGGGAGUUGAGAGAGUAGGUCAUUUUUCAAUUUGAAUUUACGUUUUCUGCAUAUUAUCUCGCGCAGAUGGGAACAAACGCAAUAUCAAAUUAUUGUUAUGUUUCGCAUAAGUAUAUAGUACGUAGAGGUAUACAGGAACACACCCCUUACCCUCCACAUUUUUAUCUUAAUGUUCGCAAGUAGCGUUUUUGGGACUGGCAAGUAUAAAUUCUGCACGUCGUCGUUUUGUCGGUUCGCGUGUUUUUUUCCCUUCACGGGCUCGUGAUCGUAAGUCGAUUCGAUUACUAUUGUUAUUUUUCCGCGCGCACGAUUUUUUUUUUUUUUUUAUCAGAGCUACUUCUUUUUUUGCCCUUCCAUAAAUGUACACCGACCUUGUAUAGGUGUGUCGCCGCCCAUGAAGAUUGUAUUAUUAUACGUUUCUACUCGGUAAAUCGCUAUGGUUACCGAAUACCGGCGUUAACCUAACCGCAAAUCCAAACGUCAUUAAUGACACAUUGACGUUGGCGACAAAUGUCUCGAAUCCCCGAACCUUAUGAACUUCGUGUGUUGAAUUCGAAGGAGGCGAGAGGAAAUCGAUCUCCACCGUCAGAGGGUUUUUUUUUUUAUACCAGAAUAAAAUAAUAUUGAACAUGAUACAAAUACAAAUAAAAAGAGAUAACUAAUAGAUUUUUUUUAAAUUUAAUUUUAUAAGAUAAUAAUACUUUGCAGUUUUCUUAUAUCAUGGUCACAUUUUUAUUGUACAUAAUCGUUACAGUUUAGGUACAGUGCUUUUUUUAAAAAAAAAUUAAAAUGUAUUUUGUUUUUUUUUUUAAAUUUUAAGUGCGGUUUCAGCAGCUUUUCGGACUACUUUUUAGUGUCUUGUAAGCUGGUUUUUGGGAUUUUAAAUGAUUUCUUUUGUUAAAGGUUUUAAUGCAUUCAAUUUGCAGCUCUAAUACUCGUUAAGCUUUUGUCGUUAAACUAAAACCUUGAGCAUUAAUUUCUUUAUUUUAUAUUUUUUCUUUAAAUAAAAAUAACAUUUAAAUUUUUUGUCGAAAAUUGUUUUUGCGAAAUCCAUAAUAACCAUUUUAUAAAUAUAUAUUGAAAGAAAAUGUUUGGUGUUACAAUUAUUCACUAAUGGCGAUGUGUUAAGUUCCUACAAUUUUUGAAGUUUAUAAAAAUCAUUAAUGAAUCGAUUUAUAUGACUUACUAUUUAGUAUAACGAUAAUGUAAACAAUUUAAAUUAUUUCAAACUUCAGAAAAAAAUAUCAAUCAAUUCUCUAAUUUUUCUAUGAGAACAAAUUGUGUUUUUAAUUUUUGUGAAAUUCGAAACAUGGUAAAAUCUGACGGUCCAUCGCAUUAUAGUAAUUAUUAAUAAUACCAAAAGUUUGUUCCGAAAUAUUUUCAUAUUCAUAGAUACAUAUGCAUCGAUACAUAAACAUAUAUGGAUCAAUCUAUUUGAUUUUGUAGAAACGAUUGAUUAACAUUAAAUUUAAAAAGCGUUAAACGGAAAAACCGCAACUUCAACCUUUGGUAUAAUAAUAUUAUUACGAAAAUUUAAAAAAAAUAUCGAACGGGACGAAAGACACUAUUAUCGUUUGCCAAAUUUUCGCAGGAUGCUCUGUAUGAAAAUUUAUUACAGUGGUUUAAAUCGGCCGUGCGGAGUUCGGUCAUUCGAUAUGCGAUGGCGGGCGCGACGUGGAGACGAAGAUCGUGUAUUUAUCGACUGGCUGUACGGAGUUCGACGACGAAUAUUAAUUAGACGAUUAUUAUUAUACCGCAGUAAAAAAGAAAAAAUAAUAACCCAACAAUAAUAUUAUGAUAAUUAUAACGCGACGGAGUCGGAUAAUUUUCGAUCGUUUCUCCCGGCGAGCACACCCGUCCGGAGGAGUAACGAAUAGACGCGAAGGUUAAAAAAAAAACGCGUCGGGAUUCUCGAACGCGCAGCAUUUCCCGACAACGGCGGCGGCAAAUCGAUAGCGCAAUAAUCGUAUACAAAACGUUUGAUAUACCUACGUAUAUAUGUUGUAUGUAUAGAAUGUAUUACAAACUUAGUUCAUAUACAGGGUGUCCAACGAAGAUUCGACAAACGAAAUAACGUUUGUAUAAUUACAUAGGUUUUUUUCCUAAUAAUUUCUAAAGAAGCCUUGCUCCACGGUUAUCGUAUUUUAUAAAUAUAUUUUUUUAAAUUAAAAAUAAUAAAUUUUAAUUUUCAAAAUAAAAAAAAAAAAUGUUUUUACCAAAUCCAAUAGAUAUACAUUUUUAAACAAAAUGUCGGCUUUACAAAUAUUUAUUAAUGUUGAAUCGUUAAAAGUAUACAAAAAACGUUAACAAAAAUUAUUUUUUAUUGCCGAAACGAGGAAUCUAUCGAUGAUAUAGUGGCGGUCAUAACAACUUACGACUUAAAUAACUUAAGGUUUUAGUAAACAGAACAAAAUGUUAUUGCAUUUGUCGAACCUUCGUGGACACAUUGUAUAAUGUAUACACUAUAUAAUAUAAUACGUGCGGAGAAUCGUUCAAUUUCAUCCGCCGACCGUGUCCAAAAAGUUUCUGGGACGUACACGCCUAACAUAAUAUAUCUGCAUGUGCCAGACUGGUAAAAAAAAAAAAAAAAACGGUAAUGGGGUGGUAUAUGAUUCCAGAGCAAAUGUUAUCAACAAUAUUAUCGGGACAGUUAAUUGCAUGCCUAAUAAAAACCCGAAAAAGUCGACACACUUCGUACCAUACAGGUGGGGGCCACUGUUGUAAGUUGGCAACGAAAGGUGUACGCAUACGGAGCGAUUUAGUUUAGAUCCGUAUCUACGCAAUAUAUAUAUAUCGGUACAAAAAAAAAAACGAUUCUGAAUAAACAAAUUCAGUUUAACGCGUCUCAACGAAUUUACAUAUUUUGAACAUUUUAUUUUAUUAUUUUAAUUAUACGAGCUGGGCUCUUUUGAACAUGCAACAUUAAAUAUUUGUGAUUACAUAAAAUGAAUUAAUUAAAAAUUACAAUAGCUUAUAACUCAUAAGUUAUAAUAUAGAAAUGACACAUAAUUAGGUCAAUAAAUCAUUAAAGGCAGAAUCCGCAUUGGCAGAUGACAUUAAACGUCUUAGAGGCUCAUUAACCAAGUUGCUGGUGGUGGCGUGCGGGGACAUAGAAGGUGGCAUUAGAACGAGAUGAACAAGAAAGAACUUUGAAAUAGGUUAGAGAAAGAAGGGUAGGAAUUAAUAUUAUUGUUCAAAAGACCCGCAAGGAACUUAAUACCCGCGAUACGGCGACGCUCGUUUAAAGAGGCUAAACCAAGAUGAGAAGCCUUUAUAAUUUUUUAACUGCAAAAUGCAUUACAAUAAUUAUUGUUUAUGCAAAUGCGAACGGAAAAUGUCGACAAAAAAAAAUUGUAACAUUGCCGAAAUUUAUUGCGAUCCGCGUGCAAAGGAAAAAAAUUCGACAAUUUGAAAUUGUCAAGCGAUCAUAAAAGUGCACUUUAUGUAAUGCAAAACGAUCAACGAUAAUAUUAUGACGAACUGCAAUAAUUGUAAACAAAUUGUCGUAUUAUCUAUUCACUUAGUAGGUGCCUAUACCUAAUAGAUCUACACAGUGGCGCCAUAGCGUGAUGAACUCAAUUAACCAACAAGGCACAAUGAUUUAUAUUGUCGGGCCCCACCUACCAUCCAUACACACACACACACACACACCACUUACCGUGGACGAAUAGAAAAUUGCACACACUGAUGUGCUUUUUUUUUCGGAUUAACAUUUGGACCUGGAUCCAUCACGGGUACCGAUUUUUUUUUUUGUCAUACUUUCGUUUUUUUUUUAAUAAUUUACCGUCUCAUUCUCAAACUUGCAUGGUAUUUCUUUUUACCUUUAGACAUAGCUACCGGAUAGCUUACCGAGUAGCAUCUUGAUUAUUAAUACAUUCAAUGAAAACGUACAAUAAUUAUUUUCGGACUGAAAAAGUGGACUUAAAUUCACGUUUUGAACCAAUCGGUAAUCCGCUAUUAACAUACGAUUCGUUUUUGUUUUUUUUUUUUUUUUUUUUAUCAAAGGUCCAAUCCGGUUAGGUAAUUACAUAGUGCGGUAACUCGGUUAGACAGUAAACGUUCCACACGGUCUAUAAGACAUACGGCGUCAAUGGAAUGCCACCUUAAGCGUAGACGCUGCAGGCGGGUACUGCCAAUGUCCACGACUGGUACUACAGUAGGAACAGCGUCCGCAGCGUCGUCACGUCACGGCAUUAUUGUAAUUACGGUUUUACGUAAUUUAACCCGGAAAGAUUUUCUUCGUACACGCUAACACUUGAACAUCAUAAUAUGUGAGAAGGCGCGGAAGGUCGCCUCGCGGGACGGCCGCAAUCGUUUGAAAACCGAGGCACGCGUCUCUCUAAUAAAGUCCACCGCCGCGCUACCGGAUCGUCUGUUGUACCGUUCCGCCAAUGUUAUCGGAGAACCGUGUCGGGCGGGCACAACGCGAUUUUCCGGCCGGAAAUCCGUAUCGGUUUUUUUUCCCGUCGCGAACCCGUGCCGAGCGAACGCGUAUACCGACCGGGGGGGGGGGGGGGGGAGGGAAGAGGGAGGGAAAUACGAUUCUCGGGCGUGGGACGGCGCCGCGCCGCGGUAUCCGAGCGGCCCGGCCGGAACGGACGGACGGCCGCGCGUCGUCUAUUGCGCAACGUGAUACUCGACGUUGUUACGCGUUCGGACGCGACGGCCCGGAUAUUUCGCACGCGCGCGAAUAACAACAAUAAUACUGACAACACGGUAUCGCUCUGUGUGUGUUGUUACGCGCGGUCGCGUCGGCGCCCAUGACGCACGUGUGUGCGUACGCGUUUGCACGUUUGCGUACGGCGUCGACGGUCGACGGCACCCCGAUGGACGACAACGGCGCAACGCCCUCGGCGCACAAUACACACGUACCUCCUAUGCGUGUAAAUUAUCGUACCUUAUUACGUUAUUCUCGAGAAUUUCGACAAUUUUUUUUCACGUCUGCAAGACGUACGCGCGCGCGCCGCCGUGUCGGCUGUCCGACACCGAAUAGCACACGUCAUCGUACGGCCGCGUAAUACACGACGUAAUAAUACGGACGUCACCGCGGCUAAGCGGGGAAAGCCUCGCGGGGAAGAGGGUCGAAAAUAUUCUACGCCGUUUCCGUUGUAAUGUACACGCGCGCACGCCUGCACACAGUGUAUCCCGUCAUCUGCGUACCCCGCUAAAUACUUUACAAACAUUUUUUUUUUUUUUCUUCUCUAUAAUACUUCUCGUAUUAUAAUUCGAUGCGGUGUGGAUGUGCUUUAUGCGGUGUCAACAAAGGAGGGGGUGGAGGGAAAGCGUCGGAGGUGUAUUACGGGGCGGUAUACUUGUUUCGACCAUUGAGGCUGGGACGGGAGGGGGGUGGCGAGUGUGUUUUCGACAGUAGGCGGGUGGUUGUCGGGCGUGUUUAUGCAUUCACGUGUAAUACUUUUCGGUUUUAUAUUGAAUAUAGCGGAAUUCAAUAGAAAUUUAUGAAAAAUAUGCAAAUGAAAUACGAAAUUCGACGGGGUUCUUAUUUGGUUAUUUUGGGUUUUUUUUUAGUUUUAAGCAUAUUUUUGUCAAUUUUAAACGCUAUAUAAUAAUGUCCCGAACCUUAGUUAUUAUAGAUAUAUAAUUUCGUAUUAUUGAAAUACUUCGAGUAUCAGAUUAAAAACAUUGAAAUGUUAUUUCGUAUUCAAAACAGUAAUAUAACAGGUACAUUUAUUUAUAAAGUGUCUUACACUCGAAUGAUGUGUUUAUGAUCAAAAAUAUGGUUUAAAUUAGCCUCUGUUUUGUCUUAAUAUUUUUAGGACCCGUUCAAUACCGAUAGUAACAAUAGUAAUAUCAGAACUUCAAAAACCUAUAAUUUCGAAACUUAGUCAGUCCGCUUAAUGCUGACCUCACCAUCGUUCUUAAAUCAGCAAUAUGCAAAUAUUCAAAAAAAAAAAAAAAAAAUUGAAAAAUUAGAUUUGUUCCACAUAAUUUUUUACUUAAACGAUUUUCGUCAAAAUUUGAUAUUAAAAUUCCCUUAUAAAAAUAAAUACUACAUUAAACUCAAUUUUUUUUUUGACUACUAAGUAAGACUCUUAACGAACCUCCUGUUAAAUUUUGAAGCAGUUCUGUUCGAGUCUAACAAUUUUACCACAGAGUACCUAGCAAAUAAAUAUUACAAUACAAAACUCCCAAAAUUAAAAUAUCUAUAAAUACCUCAAAAAUGGCUUAAAUUUUUCGAAAAGUUUACCACGUUAAUAAAAGACAAAUAUAAAUUUUUUGUCCAAAUUUCAAGUCUCCGUGAAUAUUUUUAACUGAAUUACAACAAAUAACAAAAUUGAAAAAUAAUAAAAGCAUUAUUUUCGUAAAUUUCCCGUUUUUCUUAAGUUUUAUCUUAGUUUUUCCCAGAUAUUAUGAAAAUCCAUUGGAAAAUUAAAAAAUGACCUCUCAAAAGUAACAUAUGCAUUUCCUUUUCAGAAAUGAUGCCGCGCGUAUAUAUCUGAGCGAGAUUUCCGGUAGAAUUUUUGUAUACAGGAUAAAAAAAAAAAUAACCAUCUUAAUAAAGCCAAUACAUUCUUCGCUACACUUAGAAUCGAAAAUAAUAACAAAAUUGUCUUAACGCCAGUUAAAAAUUUACUUUUAAAAUUUACAUUCAACCUAAAUUCAGUAAAUUAAUAGUAUUAACAUUUUCACUCGUUAUCUCAUUAACUCGUAUUCAAUUAAUUUACCACGAUGCAGAUAAUAAUACUACAGUAAUUAAUCGACUUGCUCUCAGCUUUGAUUAUUAGAUUAUUAUUACGCUCUUCUUCGGACGAAACGAUAAUAUCGAAUAAACAUAAUAAUUAAUAUCAUUAUACUAAUUAAUAUUAAUUAUAAAAUAAUAUUAUGUAUUGUUAGUAUUUCUGUUAUAAUAAUAAUAACAAUAUCUGAUACGAAACGUUUCGUUUUGCAUAAUAUCAUGUUAUUUUGUAUUAAAUUUAAUCGCGACUCGAUAAUGAACAGUUGCGGCAAACACAUUAAAAACGUAUUAUUAUAAACGUGCUCUUAUUAAAGCUAUAAGGCGCCCUUAAAUAAAAUAAACAAUUGUUAACAUAUGGUUAACACAUUCGCAGAGAGUUAACGAGAAACUAUCUUUAGGAUGACAAAAUAGGUGUUGAAGUUUAAUAUUGAAAUAUCCGUAUUAUAAUCGGAAAUAAAUUUUAACGAUCCGUUUAUCUUACACAUUUAACCGAUUCGUUUAAUUUUACCGGAUUAUAUUAUACCAAUUUCACAUCCGACUCGGUAAUGUUUGUAUAUUAAUUUAUUCUCAACUGAUAUUAUAAUAUGCAGACACUGUACAGAUCCGGGAUGAUAAUAAUAUAUAAUAUGCCGAUAUAUCGAUCUCGACUGCGCACGAUUUUCCCUACCUUUAAUGUUAUACGGAUUUAUAAAUUGUUCCAAGGUAGGUAUUAAAAAACGUCUAAUGGGAAAUCGUAUAAACAGUGUGACGAUAAUAUUAAUAAUAUUAAAAUAUACCGCACGAAUAUUAUUAGUACUUGCCUAUAUAAUUAUUUACGAUUUAUCGCAAUUUGAUAAAAUAAAGACCUACUCCGUGGGCCGUGUGUAGCGGAUCUCCGUCAAUAUUCUCUAAUUCGCUCCCCCCCCGUUCCAACCUGUUUUUCAUUAUAAAAAUAUUCUUUGUACGAGAACAAUACAAUAAAAUCGUAUACAUUAGUAGUAUAGUAAUAUAGCUAUCAGUACUAAUAAUAUACUAUACCAUAUGCCUUAGGAAAGGUCCGUUAGAUUGCUCCUCAAAUGAUAAUUUUAAGACAUUUAAUUUUACACCAGUCAAUUUAAUGUUUAAGAAAAUAACUAAAAUGUGGUUAAUACAAAUUUUUAUUUAGGUACUGGGUUAUUGUAAAUGAUAAUAAAAAAAAAACAUGUAGCGUUUAAUGCUAAAUUAAUUUACUUUAAGAAAUCUUUUGGUAAAAAAUGUGUGGACUAUCUAGCACCGACUUAUAAAUUAUAACUCAAUGCUUUUAGAUUUGAAAACAAAAAUUUAUUUUAAAAAGAUUUAUGUUCAAAAUACAUAACUGAGUGAUUAUUUUUCUGUUUGUGUUAGUGUAUUAUACAUUUUCAUAUUUAUGUAACAACGCAAACAGUUUUUUCCUCUCUAUUUAAUUGUACAUAAACUUUUUUUUUUAUAGUUAUAAUUUUUAAUGAUACAUUUCUGUAGUCUUUAAUUCUCUGCCUUCAUCACAAGCUCCAGUUUAAAGAAAGUAGAUAAUUUAUGUAAAUUUGUUAUUUUUGAUUCAACGAAAAAAAAAAUGUUGUGAAAUUUGAUUAUAAAAGCAGUAACAGCGGUGUUUGAAUGUUGAAACCUUCAAAAGGCACAUCCUUAUUAGAUACUAUAACGCCAUCAUGAAUACAUAAAAUGGCAUCUCCUCGCGCUCCGUUCGGCAGGUCUGUAAGGGUGUAAAAAGCAAAAACACAUUUAUCACUUCUGUAACGUGGUCAAUAACUACAAUACACGCCUACAAAACGAUAUUGUAAUUUCUGAGUUUGAGCCAGAGGUGGCGGGAAAAAAAUAAAUACAUGAUUUAAGUACAAUACACUGCAAUAAUACCGAUUCGUGCAGGAGAAAAUUCGAUAAAAAUGUAAUUUCGAAUCGUAUGAAAACAGAAAAAACGACCUCAGUCAUAAAUUUUAUGUCAUCUGCGUAGGACUGCAGUAGUCCUAUAGUGUGUAUUUAUAAGUUUACUCCUUCGUGUGGUCCCGUAUUCGUUUCUAUUAUAACUUUUUUUAACACGGUGUAAUACUAAUACUGAAUGUAUUACAAUGAAUAGUAAUGCCAAAUUAUAUCUAUAUGCGACAGCGAGUUUUCUUGUCUUAGUCCUGUCUUUGCUUGUAUUCGUUCCGAUUUUCUAGAAGGUUAUGAAAUACUUUUCGGUAUUAAGCUAUGUCAUUUACACUUUAAUUCUAGACAGCAUAUUCUAUCGCUAAUUGCUCCAAAACGUUUUACAUUAGGUAAUAAUUUGUCGUUAACGACAAAGCCUACCCCUGCUCGAUAAUCCAGUCCACCACAAUAAAAGUAGGUCCAGGUGUUUAAUUUUAGGUUUCCAUGCCCUGGGCCAUCUUGUUUCUCGAAUCGUAGCUAGAUCCAGUUGAUAUCGUUCAAGACUCGAUAUCACUGUCGUCAAAUGUUCGGUCAUACAUACAACGAUUUUACGUUUCAAGUUCCCAUUGAAAAGUCCUUUAGCUCCAUAUAUUCUCAAGGCGGUUUUCGUCGAUUCGUGUGAUUUUCCGUGUCGGGUUGUUAACCCUACUUUCCGGUAUAAACUAUCUAUUUUUUUUUUUUUUGCUUUACCGACUCAAAAAAAUACGCGAAAUCGCAUAUAUAUCUAUACGUUAAAUCUAAAAAUAUCUAAAAUAUCUAAAAUAAUUUUCAACUAAACCGUUGUCGGUUUUCUGACAUUCGACGCCUUUGAGUUUUCUUCCGAUUCCUGCGGAGAUAGAGUGCACUUAGCGAAUGCAGGCGGUAUAUUGUAUAUAAUUAUAUACACCUGCCCGGCACUAUAAUAUAUAUUACGACAUUACAAUCUCUACGCAGGGCUCGUAUUUGACGGGCAAACGGAGAGAGAGAGGGUGAGUGUUUCUUGGAAAAAACACACACACACACACACAUUCACGCACUGUUAUUACAUAUUACACGCGCAUAAUUUAAAAAUAUAUCGGACUACACCCGACUGGUUUUUAUUGUCACUAUAAUAUAUACCACCGCGCUCGAUAAUUGAAAGUGUGUAUAUUCCGUAUCCGUGUUAUACCUGUAUAUGGGGUGGCACAUCCGCGUCUUCGGAUGAGGAGGAGGAGGAGGAGGAGGAGAAGAAGAAGGAGACAGCCUGUAUAAUAAUGCGUAUAUUAUAUUAUACGAUAAUAUAAAACCCUCGGGUCUGUCGCGCGCGGGGUAUAGGUGCGACGUGUGUUACGCGUAAUAUAUUAUUAUAGGAUUUACAGAAAUAAAAAAAUACUAGGUAUAUAGGCCGCAAUAAAAUUGUCGAUUUAUCGUCUCCGAUCGAAAAACAGACUAAAACGACUCGCACGACGACUACACACGCCGUACUGCGGGGCGGAAUGCGAUCUACCGGACCGAGUGUUAUUAUAUUAUAUUGGUACGUGUGUGUUACAAGAAGGCCAUUUGGUCCGUCUCAAUCGUAUUAUUACUAUCAUCGUUACUACGAGUAUAUUAUUACAAUAUAAAUCGCCGGAGCGACGCGGAUUACGACGCACCGUACGGUUUUGAACGCGCUUAUGCUUUUAACCCGUCUCCAUAUAGUGUUGACCUGUAUACUUAUAAUGUACCUAAAUUAAAUUGUAUAUUUUAUGUCGGUGCACGCCGACACCGACACGCGUUUACGAAAUGAUUUUUACGCCGGCCGUAUUAAUAAUAAUUAGUACAAUAGCUGAUGUAUCGCGGGAACGGCGGCGGCGGCCGAGGAUAUUCGUGCGUAGGUACGAAAACAGACCUUCCGGCGGCGAGGACGGUCCGAUCAAUAAUCGUAAUAAUUGUUCUAAAAUUAGAAAUCCCGCCUUAUCCGGGCCGAAAGACCGAAGACGUUAUACGUUUUUUUUUUUUUUUAUUUCCAUUACUACACUGUCGGCCCGGCACAUCAAAAGCCCCGGGUUUCUUUUUUUUCAAUAUAGACAAAAAAAAAAAAACAACCUAACCUAACCGACUAUUCGUAAUCACAUUAUUCGCAAUACUAACUAUUUAAGGUCCGGUUUUUUCAAUUACGUUUAACUCGAGGUUAAUCAAACUUAACUGGUGGUUAACGUUAUCUACCUGUAACACUAUGCGAGUCCCAACCAAGCUAACCGCUACUUUAACUGCCAAUUAAAUUAACCGCCACUAUCUUUUCCGAUUAAUAGACUAACUGUCUGUUGAGGUUAUUGUUAUUUACAGUUCACCUAAUUAUCACAUCCAAACUAACUAUUUAUAUCUUAACCACGGUUAUAGAAUGAUUCUAUCUAUAAUCGUGAUCUCAACAUAACAGCUAGUGUUUUUUUAAAUUUAAAAAGAAUUUCGAAAAUACAAUUUUUUUUACGACGAUGAUGAACAAUUGCGUGGAUUUUUAAACUAUGAACCUAGUAUGCCUAAUAUAAUCCGUGAAAAUAGCUAUCAAAUUUUUGUUCGAUCACGAAAUUAUCAAUAAUACGUCGUUUGAUUUUGUUAUUUGACUACUACAGUCCGCGAUAAAGUCAAUUAAAGUCUGAACAAUACUGUGAAUUAAAUCUGCGUACAAAAGGCCGUAGUGGUAGUCAAAUGACGAUAUUCCAUAAAACUCGAGGCCGGAGUAUUUAUAAGAAAAAUUGUGCCGUGCCCGUAUCAAAGUUCUACGCACUCCUAUGGCCUGAGGGACUCCUAGACACAAACGCCUAGCGGAUAUAUCCGACAUUGGUAAUAUACAUACAGGCAAAGCUGGACAGUGACUAGUUAAAAAGUCAAAAGUCAAGAUAUAAGUCAUAGCCCGAUGUAGGUUAUAAUUUUGAACUUGACUAUUAUAUAUUAUUAUAAGGGGAUUUCGAUGUCGGUUUAAAGUUUAGUCGAUUUAGAUUUAAAAACUAGACGAAACUUUAGGAAACUAUGUGUUUGACGAAUUUCAAUUUUAAAAAACGGAUUAUGAUUUCUCGGUUUCUUUACUGGGAUAUAUUAUAUAAUAAAAUAUAAUACCUACUAGGAAAUAGACAUGUUAUUAUUUUACCAGUAAUCGUUAACAUUUUUUAAAAGUUUUCAAAAAUGUACUUUAAAUAUUUGGGCAUUUUGCUCACGAUAAAGAUAAUUAAAUUAAAAAAAAUAAUAAAUCCAACGUAGUCUAGUAAAAAACCUAAACAAAAUCAUGAUUUGCUAUCAAAAAUCCGUCAAACGCAAUUCCUACGGUUUUGUCGGCUUUUCCGUCUAAAACGUAUUGUUCGUAAAAAUAUAGGGUUUAUAAUCGUAAAUCUUUAAAAAAUGCAAAUAUUAGGGUAUGAAAUACGUUUAUGAGUGUAGGUAAUUUUGAUAAUAUUUUAAUAGGGUAAUCAUUUUUGAAAAAUUACAUACGUUUAUUAUUUUUCUUAAAAUGUGUCACUCUACUUGGCUACUAAAUUUAGUAAGAUUCAUUUGUAUUGUAAAAUAAGCUUUAACUCAGUUGAGUUUUUUUUUUCGAUAAUUUAACUAUAGUACGUUGAACAAAUUUGUUUUUAAUUUGUCCAGCUUUAUACAUUGGUAUAGGUUAUAUCAGGCUUAUAAAAAGUAUUUCGAGUUCAAAUACAGAUAUUAAUUUAGAAUUACUAUAGAAUACGUAUUCGAAUAUUCCGCUAAAAAAUAUGGCAAAUGUAAAUACACACGAAUAAAAUCGUAAAGAGGACGUCACACCCGCGUCUAUUGUUUCCCUGUCUUACAAACGUAGCGCAAAUGAUUGCGUUCAACAGGACGGGUUUAAUAUUACAGCGAAUCGAUCAGAUUUAAUGACAAGAAUGUAAGAACAAUAAUAAGAACACUGCGAUCGCGUCGUUUGCCGUUCGGUAUUUUAGUUUUCAAACGAGAACUGAACGCGCGAAAUAUCACAAUCGUUAUGAAUGUAACGCCUGUCAUAGACAACAGCGGCUAACUCUGCGCCGGAGCGAAAUAUAUUAUUUUUCGGUUUCCCCCCCCCCCCUCCGAAUUAGGCGAUAAUAUUCUUUUCGACGUUUUAACGAACAUAAAAACUUCAAGCGAACGCGCGUUUCCGACCGAACUACACGCAUAAUAUCCGCAUUAAUUAUUUAACAUUGCGCACGUACAUGAUGCGUACAUAGUUUUACGUCGUUUCUGCAAUCGGAUUAAAAUGAAUAAUAUAGCGCUCGGCGCUAAUCGAUUGCAAACUCCUCUCUACAUGGUACUUUUCCUCCGCGACACAGACCCGUGCGCACAAUAUUACAGCCGUAAUAUAACCGAUAAUUAUAUUGCAGUAUUUUAUGUCCGUUAAUACGUUUGAUAAUUUCCUCUGGAAUUCUCCGGCUCGUUUCUUCAAAAUAUCAAAAUAACACUUUCGGAAAUAUUAUCGGUUCUGUUUCAUAAUUGUUAUUUUAUAAAUCGCAAUAUUCCGGUGGCAAUCAGCUCUAUAUAAUAAUAUCGACUAUCCGGUUUGAGACUGCGAAAAAUCAAAAAUAUUGUUUAUUUCGUGGGAGUGAUUUUAGGAGAAACCUGUCCUAGGAUAAUGGGGACGGGUGCGGUCACUGUUAUAGAUGAGAAGUCGAGAAGAUAGGACACUGAAGGGAAUUUAAUGUAUAUCUUUAAGCAGCGAUAAACCAUUGCUUAUGAAAAAACGAUUCUGAGCGGUGUUCAGUCGAUAGUAGGGUUUUGUCAACAAUAUACAUGUCAUAUAUGGUAAAAUAAUUAAACAGGCAUUACGUAUUUUCUUUAAUAAUAUUUGUUUAAUAUUGUACCGUUUCUCCCAUUUUCCCUACAUUUUUCUCAUGUUUUUUUCCUGUUUUUUACAUCUGCUGAAAAAACUCUCUAAAGUACCGUCCCGAGAAAAUUUCCUUUCAGAAAAGCGUCUAAAUCAUAUACAUCGGAGUAAGCUGCUUGGUAGAAUUUUCGUAUACUGUAUAAUAGAAAAAAUAAACAUCUUUGUAAAAUCAAUAAAAAUAUAAAAUAAAUUAGGUAUGAAUAAAAUUAUUGGUAUAACAUAAUCUAACAUCUAACCUGUGACCUUACUAUUGUUAUAUAAAUACAUGAAUUUAUUGCAAUAAGUCUACUUCAUUUACUUUAUAACUGGGCGUGUUGAUCCAAAUGUUUCGUUCUACAACAUAAUAAGAGAUCUCUUGUGCUCAAAAAUUUGACUAAUUUUUAUUGCGUUCUUGAAUUUAAAUUCUCUUGAAAAAGAGAAAAAAAUUAGUAUAAUUAACUAGUUUUUGAGUUGCGCACACUCAAUCUUGGCCAAGAUCUUAGUCUUUAUUGCAAGACCAAAAGUCGUUGUUUUGAUCCAAGACGAGAUUGCAAGUCCAAUAUCGAUUUCGAUCAUCACUCGUUUAAAACAAUAAUAUACGAAAUCGUUACAACACAAUAAUAAUAAUAUUAUGUUAUUUUUCAUCUAAUUUUUAUUCGAUACGGUUGUGCGAUUAAUUUGUUUUAUUUCACGCGUUCUUAAUAAUUCAAUUAAACAAUACACACACUACAAUAAAUCUUCUCUAGCACUUUUGCGUUUAUAACAUUAUCGCAAUGCAUCCAUCUAGGGUUGCCGACAUUUUAAAUGUAAAAGUAGAUAGGGUCAAAAAAAAAAAAAAUAAGGGGCUAACAACUUUACCCGGACCUUCAUUAAAAUAAUUCUUAUUAAGAUUUUACCAAAAGUCUAGUUUAACAAUAUUUAUAUGAAAAAUACAGCAUAUAAAUUGAUAAAUAAAAAAACAUUUAAAAAAGUAUUUUUUCAUAUACCUUAAACUACAAGUUCUAUGUAUUGAAAUUUAGGAUUGUUCUCUGUACAAUGUAGGGCGGUUGACAUGAGAUUAACACGGCACCACAAAAUCCAUACAACUUUUUAAAAAAAACUUCAAAUAAAAGAGAAAAAUAUUUAUUUUUUAUAAAAGAUAAAAAAGUUAUUGAACUUUUAUAUUUUCAGCUACAUGAUCAGCAUCACACUAGGCUAUAAAGUAAAAAAAAAACACCCAAUACUUUUCACAUAGGGUUUUUUUUAGAUAUUUUUGAACUUUAUUGGAAAAUGUCUGACAAAAUUAAAAGGUCUACACAUAAAAGAAAAACAUGAUGCUAGAAAAAAAUGAAUUUAUUUCGUUUAAAACGGUCCAAACAAAUUUUUUUGACCGUGUUCAUAAGUUAUUGCAGGAACUUGAAAGCGUAUCUCGAUUCUUUAAGAAUAUAUUAUUAUGUAUUUAUAUGAAAACUUUUGAUGUAGGAGAAAAAAUCUUUUAAAAAAUAAAAACGUUUUUGGCGUCCUAGCAUCACAUUUUUUUUUUCUCAAGGUACAGAACUUUGUAAAAACGAUAAAGUGUAUACUUAAAUAAUUUAUUAUGAAAUUAUAAAAAUAUUCAAAACCAAAGGAUAAUAAAAUAAUCAAGGGUAUAACUACUAGUUUCGGUUCAAGUAAUUUUUAAGUUACAUAAAUAAUAAAUAUAAACAAAUCUUUCUGAAUACAAUUAUAAUUAGGAAAAAAAAACCAGCAUCGUUGUAUUCACUGAUUGACUCAAAAUGUAUUAAAUCUCCGCGAUACGAAUUCAAUUUUUUUUUUUUUAAAGGAAACCGCCCUUUUUUCUAAAUAUAUUCAAAUAGACCUUUUUUUUUCAAAACCGUGUUUUUAUUAAACCCACAGUUUGCCAAGUUACAGUUACGGUAAGCACGUAAUUCUUCGCGAAAGUCUAAAUAUUAUUAUAUUGUAAUGUUAUUUAUUAUAGCGAAAUACAGGUUUUGUAGAAUGGCGAAUUCACUCCUCCGAAAAUCGAUUUGGAUGGGCGCUUUCCGUCCGACCGAAAAACGAUUCUACAUUGUUUUUAAUAAUAUAAUAUCCUACGUGACGGCGAAGUCGGACCCAUUACUCCGAUGGGUGGGUAGGGGAAAUGAUGGGGGAGACAAUGCGUUGUACAAUAUUAUAUAUAUAUGAUAAUAAUAAUACAAGUCAAUUUCGGCGGUUAAUUUUUCGGACGUAGUUUUCGUUCGGCGUGGCGAGAAAACAAAGACGGUGCCGCAGAGUUUUUCGUCUUAUAUAUUAGUAUUAUAAACGAAACAACGAGCCCGUCGGGAAAAUUAAUAUUUUUCCUUUACCCUCCCAAACGGCUUAUGCUCGUCGAAUAAAAUAAUAUAUAUUGCGUCGGAACCCAUACCGACAGUGCGUUAUAGAAAUCGUUCGAUAAUAUUUUCCGAAACUGCCGGAUAUCUUAUUCGGGAUUUGUAUACGCUGCGCAGACCGGCAAUACAGUAUAAUGUAAUUCGUGAUAUGAUAUUUUCCGGUAUAAAACAUGUUUGGAAAAUGUAAAAUAACAUUCGUAUACGUAGUACGAAUAAGUUGUAUGGAAAAAAAUACGACUGAAAUUCGUUUAAUACUCGAGUUUAUGUCCCAAUUACCGACGGUAAACAAUUAAAUAAAAACAAUUUUAAUACGAAAAACAACAGGAAGUUUCACGAUUUUUACAAACCGUUUAGGUCUUAUUGACGAACAUUUCACCGCGAGAGUUUCAGCGGCCUUAACCGAAAUAUAGGUACUCGGAAAAAGGAUUCGAUUCCGCGCGUGUUGUGUUUUCAGACCGAUUUCCACCGCACGAAUACGUAAGCCAUUUCAAUAAAUAACGCGUACAAAAAUACAGUAAUCUUUAGUCGUUUUUCUGAUUUUACGCUCCAAAGCUAUAAUAUCAGGCUUGAAAAAUAAAACGAUAUCCAGUUUUCGCGGUGUACGUCUACGGCGUCGGCAGUAAUAAAAACGUGGUCAACAACAGGGUUAAUAAUUGGGCGGAAGAAACAAUGUUUUUUUUUUUUUUCUAAGUGAAAUAUGUUUACAAUUUUCCGGCCGGAAAAUACUUGGCCGAUCUCGGCUCCCCGGGCAAACAAGUACCUACGUGUUGUCGUAAAUAAUAACGUCGUUAGCGGCCGCUGACGUCGCGGCGGCCACACAUCGAUCGCGCGGGGAUUCCGUUUUACGGCACUGCCGACGUCACGGCGUGCGUACGUUGGGUUGCGUUCCCGACCGCCGCGGACGCGGGAGAGCACGCCGCCGCCGCCGAGUCGAUACGCCGCCGGACGGGCAUUUCUCCGCCCUUUCGAAAAUGCGUUGUAGAAAUCUCCAAAUUGCCACGCGAAAACCCCUCGCCGCGUAUUUUAGGUCACGUACGAGGCCCGCAGCCUGCCGGUCGUCCGAGUUUCCGUGCAGGGUCUGUCACCGUGUAAAAACGAUAAAUCUUACCCGCGGUAACAUAAUAAUAAUGUUUUGGUCGAAAGGCCGUACGCGUCCAAUUUAAAACUCCAGAACUGCCCGUCCUCCAACUCUCCCCUUCCUGUCCCCUUCUGACCCCUAAAAAAAAAAAUCCUCAUUGGUAUUCAAAUACUCAACGAAAAGUUAUUGUAUAUCUCCGGGAAACGCGUCGGAAACGAAACUUCGUUAACGGAAUUAAAUCGCGUGGCGGACGCGUACGCCGAAUAAUGCGUCAUCCCGAGGAAAUUUUUAUUCAUUUAUUUUUUUUUUUCGUUUUUUGUCUUCACUACGAUUUUUGCGAUGGCGAUGCGAUGCGGCCGCGGCCGCAACCGUUAUUGUGUUUAAUAUUGUUCGGCAUUCGGUUUUGUCUAUGAAAUAUCUUAAGUUUUGUGUCUUUAAACAAGCGAUUCGUUUUCGAGACGACACGUCAUAAAUAUUUAAUAAUAUUUAAUUAUUUACCGUCCUAAUCCGUCCGUCUAUUUCCGUUACGUGUUACGAUCAUCUGAGACUAGCUUUUCCAAUAAGCUUCUUAUAGAUUAUAUUCCUGAACGCCCAGACGACCCACCCACCCGGUUUUUUGUGAAUCACGUGUAUUGAAUACACCUUUUUCAAGCCGCCACUGGCCCAUAAUAAGUUCAAUUUUCGGACAGUAAUAUUCCGAAACCCUACUAGCAGGCGGCUAUGACGAUCCCGGUCAUAUCGAUCGACCCUGGCGCGCUGACUGCGGCCGCGGCAACGGUUCGAAAAACCCGCGGCAUUCCGUUUGCGAUACGAUCCUCGCAGACGUCCACAGGCAUGUACUCUGCAGGGGGGUGUUUUUGGCGUCCAACAUCCCCGAACCUCUUCUACUAAAAAACAUGUCUGGGUUAUAUAUUAUAUUUAUAUAAAAAAAAUAACAACUGUCAUAAUUUCCGACAACUGAUUUUUGAAAACGUCCAUUGAAACUUUUUUUCUGAUUACGUCCCUGCCCGUCCCUGCGAAUCGCGUAAGGUGAAGAAGAUUAUAGACCCCCGAAAUCCUCUUACACCUCUCUAAACACCCUACCUUAAAUAAACCCCGGAUACGCCACUGAUUAUUAUACUACGGUGUUACACGAUAACGACAUUUAUGUUCAUUGUCGAUUGCCGUGUACUCUACUGAACAUAACAUUUUUUUUUUUUUGGUACUCGUAUACUCUAUUAGUACUCAACUUUUGAACUCGAAUCGACUCAGAAGAUAUUUUACACUUUUACGAUUUUGAAAUUGAAAAAAACCGAACUCGCCCGACUCUAAAUCAUUGUUUUCGUAAUAAUCAACGUUGAUUCGCGAAAUUUAACGAAACUCGGGUCCGACACCGGCCUUUCCAGCGGCGUUUUUAAAACUCGUUAAUUUAUAUACUUUUGUUAAAUUCCGUUGAUUGAUGACGCGCUCGCCCCCGUCGCGGGUCCCGAGACUCGGAAAACGCCCAGACAUGAUGCGUAUUCGACGCGAAGUUGUUAUUAUAUUAUUGUGAUGUGUAAGACUCUGGUCCAUAAAUCAACUCUUUCGGAAUCCGUAAUCUAUACGAGACGACGUUGGACGGGCGCAGAAGCGCCGUUGGACGGUCGAAGUAAUAUUAUUGAUUUCCGCUUCAGCGAUGUGAUUUCGAGUCCGUCGGGAAAUUAUAUUGCAACAAUUGCGCGUUUUUUUUUUAUGGAAAAAUUCAUUACUAUUCGCGUUUUCUCGAGUCGUGGUUAUUCGUCUUGUCAACGAUAAAUGUUAUUUUACACGAUUCGUUUUUAUACACGUCACGGCCCCGUAAUUCGAUUGUCGACUUCUUUUGUGCGAACGUACGCACGGAAAAACUUUCCGAGUAUUUCCUCGUCGUCUAGCGCGCGAUACACCGAAAUAAACGUACCUUUUAGUAAGAACGAGGCGCAGGCGGUCUGUAUGGCGUGAAAGUUUUCAAGGAUUUUCACUAACCGAAAAAACGAGUCAAAGGCAAUAAUUAAUAAACACGAAAAAAAAAAUAGAUUUUUAGAUCCAGGAGUUCGUAUCGAUAUAUGUUUUCGCCUAUGAUUUAUCUUUUCAUUAGAUUUUUCGUUUUUAAACCUCGGCGCCGUAGUUUGCCCGUUAUAGUGGCGUUCCUACUGUUAAUACGAGUUUAAGCGGUUUCGCGCAUCACGUCUUUAUAGUUUAAUGCCCUAAACGAACGUUUUCUCGACCGAAACCGUUCGCGUGAUGAGUACACGUGCUCGAGUCGCUGCUGUACAGUCGUAUAAGAUGUAAUCUUAUUGUUACGAUACGAGUUUAUUAGCCAUUUUUCACGUGUCGUCUCUUUUUGUAGUUUCCUUUUUAUGGGAAUUUCAACGAAACGCGACGACGUCUUUGCGUCGCGCCGUCGUUACAACCGUAUGUGUAAUUCAAUAUAUUAUUCAAACCGAGCGACUAUCUCGCGGUCGUUAUUUUUAUACCAUUACGUUUUCGUUCCAUAUAGAUACGUGUUUCCUGUACGCGGGAAGAACUUUAAAUCGUGAUUUUCGAAACGUAGUACGGGUUUAAUAUUAUUACGUGCGAAAACGGUCCAUUCGAAUACUAAUGAUCUGACGUUAUAGUCCUUGUAAAAACUUUAACGCUUUGCAGUAUUAAUGUGCUAUACGGGCAACUGUAUGGACCGGGAAUCGGAAAUUGACGAUUUGAAAAAAAAAAUCAAAUAAAAUCGCGUAAAAAUGUCUAAACGUUUUUUUGAAAUCAAUACGCUUUAACCCGGUUCAGUAAUUAAUGAUUUUUAUUCAUUUUUGUUCGUAGGGUAACUCAACCGGUAAACUGUAUAGUGGAAAAAGCCGACUCCGGCCUGCCCAACCCCGUUUAAAUCUAAUAACGGAAUACUGUAGCGCGUUAUUAUAUAUAUUAUGAAAAUAAACGCGCACACGUGGUUUAAGGGGCGAUGAUAUGGGAUAACGGAGCGAAAUCCGGAUUAUUCGUACCGCGGUGAAAGUAAAUACAGAGGGAUUAAACAGAAAUAUCUUUCUGGACCAGCGCGCUGUUUGCAGAUUCUGUAUUUCCACCGUAUAGGUAUAGAAAAUACCGGCGGAUAAACGCGAAAUGAUAAAAACAAAUAUUUACGCGUUACAGGGUUUAUUCGCGGUCUCGAUAACGUGAGACGCGGCAUUCGUUUUUUUUUUUUUUUUUUUUUUUUUCAUCGAAAUACAAAUUUAUCGUAUCGUAUCGUAUAAUCGACUAUAAUAUAAUAUUUUUUAUUAGGAUUCAUUUGUUUUCAGUUAACAAUAAUAAAAUAUUCAAUACUGUCGGGCCCGGCGUUGCCCACGCACAAUUUCAAUUCCCUACCCUUUUUUUUUUUUGUCAUUUUAAAAACUAAAUUUUUAACGAAUCCUUGCGCAAUAACGAUAUCGAAACGUUCGAUUUAACUACGUGUCUCCGGUGUCACGCCCAUCACUAUAUCUAUUUCAUCCGCGUCUCUCCGUCUAAAAAUCAUUGAUAUAACAGUACUACGCCUUCUAUUGUUACGCGGCAUUCCCGUAGUCAAGGUAACCCGUAAAUCGACGAAAACAGUUCCAUUCCGUUCCGAAAAUACCGAAAACCCUGAGUACUGAUCACCUUUUAGGGACUGAAUUUCGGAAAUCCGACUUCCGAGUGCAUUCCGGAUCCCGUACGUCGGAUACUGCGUAUACAUUUUAAGUUCUCUGCUUGCGACAGACGAGACAUGUAAUCAGCAGGCACGUGUUCAGGAUCGAUUUCCGGGAAGGGGGGGUAGGAUAAUUUCGUGAAUUCGUGACCUACAUAUUUGUAAUGGAAAACAAUGAAUAUUUUAUUCAAACCAAUAAAGCACAAUAGUUUACAAAUGAUUGGUGAAAUAGUGAAAUAAAUUACUUAGAAAAACUGGGGGAGGAGGUGCUAAUUAGAAGUCUAAGGGUGCUAAGCAUCCCUUAGCACCCCCGUAUGUGUGCCUAUGGCUAUGUGACAAAGAUAUCAACGAAUCUGUAGAUAUAACCGAAGCAGAAGAGUUUUUCGUACAAAUUCUCUGACUGCGGACGCGUCUCCGGCUCUUAUUCGAUUGGUCGGAAUCAAAUACCUAUUUAAAAUGUGUACUUUAUUUUCAACACAACGAACUGUUAUUGUUUCAUUCCGAUCGAUUUUCUUGUUUUUCGCCCGUUCCCGAAUCUCGGGUACGCCGCGCUGCAGUCUGCGGACGCUCGAUUUUAUCAAUAUAUUAUUAUACGGACGCGGACAACCGUUACUAACCGUUCUCGCUUUUUCGGCCGUUUCGCGCUUUUGUUUUCCCGCCGUGUACAUAUACUUGUCAUCGUUCUUCGACCGGAGAAAAAUCUCGUUUCCGCAACAGUAUCCACCGCGAGUGUAUUGCGCGUUCGGUCGGUCGGUCGCCUUGGAAACGCGUUGCCUUCAAAGGUUAUUCUCGCGUCGCGCGACCCCGUACACGGGAUCCUCGCGAACUCCGCGCAUCGCAAACGAACAAGAAGACCCCGACGGCGGAACAAAGUACCUUUGGUUUUUUUUUUUUACUUUUUUUUCGUAUUCCACGUACAUCAAAGACGAAAUAAUUUAUACACAAGACGCAGACGCGCGGUAUUCGUUUAUUGUAUAAUGUAUCGUAUUAUAACAUCCGGCGGUCCCGGUACAGCGGAAACGUUAUUAAAACCCCCGUUCAUCGCGAAACGAUUAAUAUUUCACGGCGAGACGCGUUAUAAGUCCGCGUAGGUGGGUACUCAUCAUUAACUUUACGAGUCGCGAUGCACUUUAAUUAUAAAAUGUACUCGAAUUUUCAAACGAACGCGUACAUGCUCGAGGAGGGAGGCCCGCGAUACCGUCCCGCAUUAUCUCGAGCAACGAUCUCGAGUACACCGGCCGUUUUCGCGGCGUUUUCGAAAAGGACGUGGCAAUAUUAUUACCGGAUCGGAAUGAUUGGAAUUCUCAUACGAAUAAAUGUGCCUGUUAUGACAAUCGUUAUCACGGUCGUUAAUAUAAUUGUUGUGUAACAUUUAAUGUGGUAAUAUUAUAACUUUUGAACUAUAAAAUUCGCUCGAGACGAUUCGUCUCUUUUUGGAUAUUUAUAGCGGAGUUGCUCACUUUUCAGAAUACAUUAAGUUGAACUUUACCUGUGCUAUAUAGCUAUGGCGCUUAUUUUUCUCGUUAACGCGAGUACAGUUUGUAACCUUCCGGGCAACAUAGCGCAAAAUCACGUGUUAUACUUAGAACACAAAUCGUAGCUUUGACGCUGGAAAUAUAAAAUAUAAAAUAUAGUACGUAAAGAUGACGUCAAUGCCUGUGGCGUUUUUCUCUGUAAAAUAUUUUGCGAACAACGAAAUAAUAAAGCUAUUAAAAAAAAAAAAAAAUUAAUUAGCUGUGACCUUUUUUUUCUUUUUAGAAGAUUCUUAACUUAACCGAUUCUAAUAGCUGCAGUGAAGAUGGAAUUUCGUCCAAAGGCUGUGCGUUUCAAAGUAUUAUGAAUCAAAUACAUCGAGCCCCGUUGAAUAGGCAUUAAAAGCCGCUUUAAUGAAAACGGAAAUUGUGUUUACGUAUACGUAUAGUAUUGAUUUAAUACUGUUGAAUUAUAAAUGAAACGAACGUAAACUGCGUCCAAAAGAAAAAAAUUAAUUACGUCUCGUUGUGUAUAAUAAAUCCUCGAAAAUCAGAAACGGAAAUGUCGGAAAAAUAAACUACCGGUUUUUUUUUUCCUAAAUAUACUAUAUUAUACUAUACACGUGACAACAAAAAUUUACUACAAUACGGACGGGAUAAUAGGUUUUAAGUGCGAACCCGUGUUUUUCGGUAAUACGGAAAGUCGCCUCCGAGUGUAUACGAAUAAUACGUAAACACACGCCAACUGAUGUUAUAAUUACGAAACUGGGUUGUGAAAAUCAAGAGACUGCAGUAUUCCGAGCGUUACGGUUUAUUGAAAACGCCCGCAGCUGGGCCCCUUGAAACACGCCGCUAAACGUACGUCGAGGCGUUGUUCAACUUCCGGUAAAUAACUUUGUUACGGCGCGGCGAAUGGAGGAAUUGAAAUGUUUGCGCGGUUGUUUAGCAUAAAAUCUCAUAAUCGUAAACAAAAAAAAAUCAUUCUGACGAGAGGUCAACAAGGGCGCUCGGAGGUGAAAAUUCAGGGGGGGACGCCCUUAGUUUUUAUCAACAAUCCAACACUUGUACUAAUGUAAUGUGUGUAUUUUCAAAAUUUUUCCCCGCUCCUAUAAUGAUUUCACUUCUGUUUUAUCGAGUCUUUCACAUCUUAUUCGUGGGCUUCAGUUUUCCGUUUUCGACAAUCUCUAAAACAUUAUUCUCUCCAAAUGUUAUCUGUAGUUCUCCGGUUUUCCUUCGUUUCCGCUCUUUUUGUUACGUAGAACCAGCCAAAAGAAUUUCCCCGAAUAUUAGUCUUUCUAUAAAAAAAAAAAAAAUCGGUAAUUUUAAAAGUGACAGAAUCGAGUUGCUAUAGUGAAAAAAUCGACCGGCUCGUCGACUUUAGCUGGAAGAUUCGAGCUGUUCACUAGGCAUUUGUAUAAAACAGCGGUAAUACCCAAAUUAAAUUGUGAACAAUAAUAUUAUUGUUAUUAUUGGUAAAAACGAUUGUUAAUAGCGUCCUCGUCGCAUUAGUGGCAUGUCCCUGAAGGUUCGAACCCUCUGCGGACCGUGUUAAAACAUAUGUUACAUUACGAAUCGAUGGGUUUUUAUCUCGUAGCCGACGGAUAAACAUUUUGUUCGUGCCAUGUUUAUCCGAAAUAUUUUGUGACCGCCAUACCCCCCAAACAUACCCUUGUUUAUGAAACGAAACCUACGCCGUCGAUAUGCGCGUCACACCACAUAAUAAUAACCGCAUUGGGAUACUCUCGACAUUUCGAACAUUUAUUCACCCGAAAAUAUGGAAAUUCAAGCGUUCGUUAUUAUUUAUCGUGCAAUCGUGAAAUGUGUUCGAAAAUCGUGUACACCGAAAAAAAGUACCUUUCGAAAGGAUUUUAGAGUUUUUACAAAAGGCGCAAGUAACAUAGACAACUACUGCAUUGUCUAUUAGUUAUUUAGUGCGUUUAUACUGCGUAUGGAUUGCGUUAGUAAGGUUUGUAAUUAAAUCGUUUUUAAAUAAUAUAAUAAUAAAGUAAAAACGAAAUUAUUAAAAUGGUUAAUACUCGUAAAUAAAUAAAAUAAAUAAAUGUAUAAAUAAAAAAUGUGUACACAAAAAUAAAAUAAAUAAAUGAAUCAAUGCGUCACCUGGAGUAUUAUGAUAAGUGAUAAAUGCAAUUAUUAAUCAAAACUAUUUCCUAUACAAUAAUAAAUUAUAAUCUCAAAAAGAUGGGUUAUUUAUGGGUGGUCCGUUAAGUACUCUUUUAUCUGAAAUUUACAUGCAGAAUUAUGAAACCAAUAAUAUUAUCAACAACAAAAGAUACAGUCAAUGUAUAAAAGCGUAUUAUAGAUAUGUUGAUAGCACGUUCAUUUUAUUUAGAGGUUCAAAUGGAUUUGAUUUGAUUUUAGUGUUUACAGGAAACCUGUACAAACUGAUGCUAUAAUACCACAUGGUUCUAGUCACCCUUAUUCUCAAAAAAUGUCAUUUUUUAAUUCAAUAUUCUACAGGCUUGAACGAAUUUUAUUAAAUAAACAUAAUUAUCAACACGAGCUCAAUAUUAUCUAUAACAUAGCCCAUAGAAAUAAUUUCAAUUUAAAUACUAUUAAAAGAAUUCAUAAACGUAUUAAAGAAAAAAAAAAUACAUAACCCACCAAAUUAUAUUAUUAACUAUUGUGGUAUGAAAUAUCAAAAUAAUAUGUCUAACGAAUUCGCUAAAAUUUAGAACAAUAAUACAAAUAAUUUAAAAAUUUAAUCAAAUAUAUAAACAAUAGAACUAAAAACUUUACAAAAAAUCGUUCUUCUUUUGAAAACGCUGGUAUAUAUAUAAACUUAAAUUUAGUUAUAAUAAAUUUUAUACAGGUAAGACAAUUAGAAAUUUUAAAAUAAGAUAUAAAAAACACAUUUCGGAAAUAAAAUUAAAAAAUACUGCCUUUAAUUCAAAUUUUGCUAAACAUGUUUUAGAAAAAAACCAUACUAUAAGUUUUGAUAUUAAUUCGGCUUUAGAAGAAUUACACAUACACAGUGAAAUAGAGAAAAAUAAUUUUAAUAAUAUUUUAAAUGUUCAAAUCGAUUUUAAAAAUAAUAUCUUAUGUCAAUGUCAAACGACCAAUUUUUUUAUUUUUUUUUCUAUGUUUCUCUUCAUUUAAUUUUUUAUAUUCAGUCGCGUUUUAAAUUUCGACCGUGAUAUACCUGAUGAUGAAUAUUUUUAAUUAGAAACCGGUCGCAUUGAUUAAUUAAUUCAUUUUAUUUUUAUGUAGACAUUUGUUAUUUAUAUAUUUAUUUACUUUACGUUUUUUAAAUAUUUAAUUAAAACGGUUUAGCCGAAAACGUAUUAUACGUGUUUGUAUAGUACGUCCAAUGUCCAUUGUCUAUAGAUGUGAAAAAGAUUUGGCGAACGUCUUGUAAGCCUAUUCAAUGUAUAAUUUUGUUAUCUCGUUAAAAUUGAGCCAAAUGUACUUAACCGUUUAAUUUUAAAGUAAGGAUUUGACAGAAUGUCAAAAAAGAAAUCGAGACGUGACUUUUAAAAAAAUGGGUAAUAACAAUAGGCCAUGCAAUACACAAUCAAAAACUGAUAAAAUGAUAAGGUUUCGAAAACGCGUUUAUAUGUUUAUUUGUCGAUUUAUUGUCGUUUUAUCGCCAUUAUACAAACAUACUAAAUUGAUCCCGGGCUUACUAGGAUGAGACGGUAUCGAUAUUAAAGAUUAAAACGUGCUUUUUUUUUUUUUUUAACAAUUUAUUAUUUAUAUUCAAAUAAGUCAUUUUUUAUAGUAUAAUGUCUCGUGUUCUUUGAUAAUUUUCACUAUAAAAUACUAUACAGUAGCACGCGCAGGGGAAGGAAUGUAACGAUUUAUGUCCUUCUUUUCGAUUUGCUUAAAAUACAGCAAUUACGAGUGUUUAUUUAGUAAUUUUAUCUUGAAAUUUCAUAUUUUUGCCAAGUCACAAGGAAAUACAAAAACUCUAUUUAACGAAUAUAAAUUCUCUUUUACGGAUCCGGUUUUUAAAUUUUCGGUGUCGCGACAAUGUCGGGGUCUCAUGUCGGAUUAGGAAGGAGACUCUACGAUUCAUUUUCGAAUCGUGAUUAUUAUUCACGUUACACGUCCGCCCAUUGACAAUCCUGGACACCACGCAGGUCUACUACCGAUUUUAAUACUACUUUCAAUUGUAGGGUUGAGCCGUCACUUAUGACCGGUAUACCCUAGUUGUAAAUAGUAUAAUUUUGUAAUUUGAUAUUAUACAUGGUUAUUGUUGUAUUCGACUGCGUUAACUCAUUUACUGGGUGGUAUAAAUUAUUACUAACGUAAAGAUAUAUAGCAAGACGGCCAUAGAAUGUGAAAAUUACAUUUUGAAAAGGAAAAAUUAUGUAUCAUAUGGUAUUUAUCAUAAGGCUACGAAAUAUUAACCGAGUAUUGAGCCAGAUGUAGAGUAUACACGGUUACAUUUUCAAUUGAUUUCGAUAAUCGAGAGCAAAAAUUCUUAAGGUGACUCCACACUAUUCGUCUUUGAAACGAUUUUUCGUCACAAACAGUCUCCAUUUUAAUCGGUUUUUAUUAAUUUAUGUUUGCAGCUAGCCGAGAAGCCGCGUACAUGUACGCCGUGAUCAGCGCCGGCGUUACGUACGCGCUCAUGGAUGCGUGCAGCCGGGGAAACAUAUCCAUUUGUGGUUGCGACGCGCACUACCCGAGUGCCCUGGACACCGGACCGGCGGCGGCCGUGUGGAAAUGGGGAGGAUGCAGCGUGGACCUAGGAUUUGGUAUGGGCUUCGCUCGCAAGUUCCUGGACGCCCAGGAAUCGGACUUCAACGAUCCCCGGAGCCUGAUGAAUUUGCACAACAACAAGGCCGGCAGAAAGGUAUACUUGGUUACUCGGUAUGCUUAGAGGAACGCCGUCUUCUCCUUCUUCUCCGCCGUUGGCUUUUUAAUACAGGUCAUUCCGGAACUCCUCUAUCCCAGUUGCCAUUUUCCCACCAUUAUUUAUUCCCAGCAAGAGUAUAGGUCCUUCCGUAUCCUGUCCAUCCAUCUCUGUCUCAAUCGUCCUGUAGUGGUUGGGUACCAAUGGUGUACCCCCUUCUCCCAACAUGUCUUUUAGAUCUUGUCUUUUUUUCGUACGCUUCAAUGUUCUGCCCUCUCUUCGAGCCAAAAUAUUGGAGCAGGACUUUUAUCUUGAGUAUCACACAAUUCUGUUGACAUUAAUUUGUCCGUGCUGCACUGUAUCUCACGCGGUACUUUUAGAUGAUAAUUAUUAACUUUUCUAUUCUCCAACUUAAAAUUUCCUUUUUUUACAUUAAAAUAUCUUUUCAUAUUAUUUUUUUAAGGUGGUGUUCGGUCAUUGUCUUCUGAAUAAUCCGAAUCACAAUUCAUAUUGAAUUAUAUGAUUUUAAACGUACUGUAGUUAAAUCGAUUUAUUUAGUCAUACUUCCGUCUGCCAUAAUAAUGGAAUAGUUUCACAUCCGAAAAUUAAUUAGAUUAUAGUUUACACCAGAACCAACUUAACAAACCUAUUAGACAAAACGAAAGUAAUAUAUAUAUAUUAGAUAAUUAGCGAAGGUUAUAACCAGAGUCUUAUCUUCUAAGAUAUACGAGUAUAUACAGAAUGUCCUACAGCUAUUAUAGUGUUAUCCUUAUGCUAAUAACUCAAUAAUUUUUUUUUCUUCGUCAAGCUUUUUGCAAUAGGGCACAUAUGUAGAGAAUAAUUACAUUUUUAUUUUCAUCCCUAAAUUAUUGAAAAAAAUAACUUUUUAUUUUUCCACUUUUCAAAAAUUUCAAAAUAGCCAUUUUUUUAAUCGUUUAAAUAUAUCAUAUAUUCAUAUCCGAUUCAUGGUUUCUUAGUUAUAGUGGCUUUAAUGUAUGUAAAAUAGGCGUGCAAAAAAUUAAUAUUCAAUUGGAGAUAAGGAAUUACCGUGCUGAUUGUGAUUCCUUAUCGCGUAACUAUUGAAAAUUAAUUGUUUCACAUUAAUUUUCUAUGUAAUUAAACAUUUAUGCAAUAAUUAAGGGAUGAAAAUAAAAAUUAAAUUAAUCUGUACAUAUGUGUCCCCCUCGCACAAUAACCUAUUAAAAAAAAAAAAAUAAAUGUUGACAGAAUUAUUAGCACAAGGAUAACGCUGUAAAACAUCCUGUAUAGCUGAUGUCAUAACCAUAGAUAAUUUAUGAGUUUAAAAUUGUCUACUUUUUGUUUUCUUUUAAUAAUUAUUAUUAUGUAUAGUAAAAAUAUGAAAACUUAACAAGUAUAACGGAUGGAAAUACGGCAACUUGCAAGCACUCUGACAUUUUCCUUUAAAUAUAACGAUUUCGAAAUUUCUUCCCUUUUUUUCGCGAGCAAAUUGUAAGGCUAAAAUUUACCUCCGUCUAACAUGUAUCCAAUGGCAGUCUCACGCGUUUACAGUACAUCGGAACGUACUUAAUCGGAACGUAAUCUUAAUAUGUUUCGUGUCGGUUGGUUUUUCUGUAACAUUGUCUCGGAAUUUUUCCAAGACCAAGAGUAUUUAAGGAGGUGGCCAUCAUCCGUCUUCAUUUCUACGAUAGCAAAACGAUACGAGUUUCUAUAUACAACAUAACGAUAAUGUCCGGACUGUUCCCACCCAGUGGCGGAACCAGGAGGGGGGUGUGUGUUUUGGAUGUCUGGACACCUCCCUACAUCCGUGCAGUUUAACUAAUACAAAUGUGUUAAAACGUGUUUUUUUUUAAUGUAGACAUGUGACACUCUCCUUCGAAAAAUUCCUGGUUGUGCCAUUGUUCCCGUCCAAUAUUAGGUACUGUUUAUUAACAACUAGCGUCACUAAAAAUAAUAGUUUAUAAUCAUACAUUAUGCGCCCACGUGAUAAUAAAAUAUAACAACAGUAAUAUUGUUGAUCAAAUUAAUUUUAAUUUCAAACGUUAUUGAUUUUCGGUACAUAGACGUAAACGCGUAUUAUGAUUUACGAAGGAAUCCGAAAAAGAACUAGGUCACGUGAGUAUGUAGAAGGAACCCGCAGAGGCGUUUUUUUCCACGCAACAAAGGGGACCCUGCGGCAAUGAUUACAGAAAAAAAAUAAAAUAAGUACAAAAUUCAAUUGUGAGCUCCCGUAUGGAAAAUUAAAUUUAAAAAUCCGUCCUGUUUUCAACGUUUCACUGCGUGCCGUAGGUUUUGUCCAAACCGACGAUAUUAAAAAUAAAAAAAAAGUAUUUUCCCGUUUUUUCGUCGGGUUUUCAUUGUUGAUAUAUAUAAAAAAAAAAUUACCUCUAGCAAUAUUCGCAGCAAACUGGAAUUGUGGUGGAACGCGGACGGACGGGCGAGGGGAAGCGGAGUACCCUAACAAUUUUUGUCGGAAAUCAUAUAGCGUAUCCCUAGUACAAUCGACCCGGUUAACUUCAAUCAUUGUAAAGGGCGCACAUUUUUUAUUAUUAUUUUUUUAACGGAUCGGGUGGAAAAACAAGAUCCCGUAAAACUCGUUCUUGUAAAUAAUGUCACAUAUCGAAGUAUAAAAAACGUAUCCCGAGAACAUUUUUAAACGAAAAAUAUACACAGGUUUAUUCGUAUAAUGUAAUGUUUACCGUGUUUACCUACCUGUUUGUUUUUUUUAUAUAAAACGGAAAAUAUCGGUCCUAAACAAAUAUACGUGCGUUUCCGCCGGCGAUAUUUUUGUAUUUUUCGCGAUACGCAAUUUAUACAGGUUUCGAAAAAUACGAACGGGGGGGUUUUUUUUUUAUUUACACAAACAUACACUAAUUUAAUUAAAGUCGAAUAUUAUAAUAUAUUGUAUCGUGUAUUUUAUCCCGCGGGAUUGAGAUUUAAUUAUAAUUAACGUUCAGAUACGCGGGGGCGAAAAAAAUCCGUCGUUCUUGCGGAUGGAUAUCACGUCGACCUUACCCGACGCAAAUACGUAUACAAAACGAACUAAAAAGCUAGGCCGGACGAGUCAAUGAUUUUUUUCAACUCGAUUAAGGUAAAUUUAAAUAGAGUUAAUUCAAAAUAAUCAAUCAAUUCAAGUUAGCCGUUAACCAAAAGUCAAAAUUAACUUUUUAACUCAAGUUAAGUCAAUUAAAAAAAAAACACGGACAUAUUACCUACUAUAAUGGCCUAAUAAUCUACCUAAAAUCUCCAACCGACGACAACAGUAAGAAGAAAAAAAAAAAAAACAGGCAUUUCAUUGUGACAAUUCGUAUUUUAAAAUGUUCAUAAUAAUAAUAAAUAAUAAUAUAUUUAUUUACAUGAGCGUACAAAUACAAAUUGAAAUCAACUUAACUCGUUUAAAUACAAUAAAUUAACCCUAGUGAAUGAAAAGUUAAUUAUUUUGUAUUCCUCAAGUUGACAAUUAAAUUAAAAGUUUUAAAAAAAAAUUAAUUCAUUAAGUUUACAAGUCAAUAAUUAACGUGACGUUUUAACUUAUUAACCCGUUGAUGCCCAGUCUUGUAAAUAAGUAUGUAAAACGAGGGGGGAAGGGCGAGGGUUCGCCGUAUAUUAAAAAUCGACAACGGCGGGAACGUCGUAUAAUACGCGGCGAUGGCGUCAUUAUUAUUGAUGUAUUGCGGCGUUCGGCGUCAUGCGUCCCUAUAACACACGCCGACCAAACGCGGUAAAAUAUUUGAGAGGUUUUUUUUUUUUUUUUACUUUUUUUUUCUUAUAAAUCGAAAUCGAAUCGAAAACCGGAUAUCCGUUAAAGGGCGUACGAAAGUAUAAUAUUAUAAACGCACGGCGGGAAGAACCAAGACGGCACGACGCAUCCGGAUUACCUGUGUCCGGGUUGAAUAAAUUACCCACCCGAAUGUUAUGAUUAGAGAUAGGACGUUGAUGAAUUUUACAAUUCGUUUUCUCGUCGACCCUAUAAAAUGCCACCUUGGCUAAAAAUCCUUUUCACGCUCGCUCGAUUCAAAAAUGUACAAUCAAUAUUUUAUUUUGUAUUCUUCGACGUUUUUAGCUAUAAAUGCAUAACUGCACGGACCCCCGGGUUUAUAGAUAAUAUAUACAUAGAUAGAACAUUAGGUGAUUUGGCGUGUGCCUGAAGUGAACAUAAUAUGUUACCGCAAUAUGGCCGUAUCCAAUAAUGAUUUGUGAUAACAUCAAUAGUGAUAAUUAAUAAGUGAUUUAAAAAGUUAAACGGGCGAACAUACUUCACACGUGGAUGUAGCCACUGUUGUAGGUGGGAAGUUGAAAAUGUAGGAUACGGACAGAAAUUUAAUGUAUAGAUAUAAACACAUGUAUAUUCAACGAUAAACCAUUGUUAACGGAAAAACGAUUCUGAGCGGAGUUCAGUUGUUAGUGUUGCUUUGUCAACAAUGUAUUAUAAUAAAAUGAUUACAACAAUGUGCGUUUCCAUGACAACAAUAAUUAUUUAAAAAAAGAUUAAAAUAGUAAAAACUUAUUGAUAACAAAAAAUUAAUAAAACCGGUUGCCAAUGACAACCUAAUUUUUAAUCUCUCAAUUUUUUUUUAACCUAAAGAACCAGGUUUUCCUCAUUAUCUCGAAUAUUAAUGAGAAUUUCAAAAAAUGACCUCUUUAAAGUAUCGCCCAGAGAAAAUUUCCUUUCAGAAUUAGUGCUGUACUUGCUAAUCAGAGUAAACUUUCUGAUAAAAUAGCUGUCCACAGAAAAAAAAAAUAUGUCUUUAUAAAACCACAAGCUCCUUCAAGCACUUCACUCGGAAUCUAAAAUACAUUUGUUUUUUUCUUAGUAAAAUUCUACCGAAUAAACAUAAAUAAAACCAUAUUAUAUAUUAUAGAAUAUAUAACCACAAGUAACCGGUGUGGUGACAUAUAUUCUCUUUGGAAACAUUAUACCAAAUGUACCAUAUAUUAGUUAUAGCGAUGUCCUAUCCGUUUAUCAUAAUAACAUUAUCUAUGCCCGGAUGGAAAAUCACCGGUUUGUGCAAUCGCUUUUUCUUUUACGGGCCGUACUUAUGUAUUAUAAUAUUAACGUCGUAUUCGCAGAUCGUCAAAAUGUUGUUGAACACGGACUGCAAGUGUCACGGGGUAUCCGGGAGCUGCACGAUGAAGACGUGCUGGCACAGCCUGCCGCACUUCCGGGAAGUGGGCAAGGCGCUGAUGCGCAAGUACCGGAAGGCCCGCGGCGUGGCCGCGGCCGUGGCGACCGCCGGCGGCAGUGGUGGCGGCGCGAACCAGAGGACCACGUCGGGCAAACGGUCGCCCGGGAGACUGAGGCUGAGACUGAGGUCGGCCAGAUCGGCGGCGGCGGACGAACCGAAAAUCACCGAGCUCGUUUACCUGGAACAGUCGCCCAACUACUGUGACCGGGACUCCGGGACCGGGUCGCUGGGCACGUACGGCCGGUCCUGUAAUCGGACGUCCGGAGGUGAGCCGACGCGACGUUUCCGUUUGCGCGAUUUUCGCCGCGCGUUCGCCCCGUCAGCAGUCAGUGGCGCCGGAGCGUUUAAAAAUAUACUAUGAAACCGUACAUCAAUAAGGGGCCGCCCGAUUUUAUUUUUCAACGUUACAAUCAAAGCGUCCACAUAAUUCGUUGUGUACAAGCGAUUUUUUCGUUCAACCUCUUGGUGGGUCCCCUCCCCCCCCUCCCCCCUCCCUCCAUCCAGCUACGAAAUUUACCGCGACACAGUAUGUUGUCGUAGAUAAAUCAGGCGAUCGGCGCCACCGCCUGUCAGUAAUAUUUAUGCGUUUUUAUCGUGUCCACAGGCACGGACGGCUGCGACCUGAUGUGCUGCGGCCGCGGCUACAACACGCACCAGUUCACCAAGACCAAACAGUGCCGGUGCACGUUCUACUGGUGUUGUUACGUCAAAUGCGACACGUGCGUCGAGCGCACCGAGGAGUACAGUUGUAAAUAA